AUGGAUUUUUAUGACCCUCAGACCCUGGGCGUCAUGGUCUUUGGAGGAUUCAUGCUGGUCUCAGCAGUUGGGAUAUUCCUGGUGUCCACCUUUUCCAUGAAGGAGACGUCUUUCGAAGAAGCUUUGGCAAAGCAGCGCAAGGAGCUAGAGAAAGCCAGCCACCACAAGGUGGAGAAGAAGAAGAAAGAGAAGCCUGCUGAGAAGAAAGGGAGGGCGAAGAAAAAGGAGGAGAAACCCAAUGGACUGCUGGAGCCAGACGCAGGUCUGGACGCUUCUGAUGGAAGCCCUGAACCAGUCUUUGAGGCACCCAUUGUGUCUCUUCCAGCUCCUGAGGAAAAGCCAACCCUGUCUCCUAAAGACAAGAAGAAGAAGGAGAAGAAAGUGGGGAAGGUAGAGUCGGUUCCCAGCCUGACAGCGUCUUCUCCACCAAUAACUGCUUCAAAAGAUCUAGUUUCUGAUGUGGUUUCCAAGGAAGUGUCAGUAGCUGCUGCUCCACUAGCUGUGGCUCAACAGAAUGCUCCCUUAACUAAUUCCGUGAGUGUCAAAAAAACCCAAGCUCUUGGAAACAGAGAGGAACAAAGGCACGACGGCGCUUCCAACAAGAAAUCCAUUGCCCCAAAGAAAAAGGAAUCAAGUAAGUCAAUUGCUGUAAACCACACAUGUGUACUUACAGUAUAUAUGUGUAUUAAUUAUUUGAUUAAUAACUCACCCAUUCCCAAAGGUUUAAGGUGGGUAAGCGACUCACAAAAUCUGAGGCAAUUAAACCCUUAUCUUUCCUUCUCCCUACGUUUUCUGGCCACCCAAAGCCACUUUUCAUAGUUCCAGAUGCUCACACUUUAUCUUUGGUCCCUUACCUUUCCCGCCCCGACCUGGCCCCAGUGAUCCAUGCGACGGUCAUCUCCAGGCUUGACUACUGUAAUUUGCUCUACGCGGGGCUGCCCUUGAAGCUGUCCCAGAAACUCCAGCGGGUGCAGAAUGCUGCAGCGAGGCUCCUCACGGGGUUUCUGCCAUGGGAGCACAUUCACCCAGUGCUUUUCAAGCUGCGCUGGCUCCCGGUGGAGUGCAGGGUCAGAUUUAAGGUGCUGCUUUUGACCUUUAAAGCCCUUCACGGCCUAGGACCCUCGUACCCACGGGACCGCCUCUCCCGGUAUGCCCCACGGAGGACUUCAAGGUCCAUAAAUUUCAACACCCUAGAGGUCCCGGGCCCUAAGGAAGUCAGAUUAGUCUCAACCAGAGCCAGGGCCUUUUCAACACUGGCCCCAGCCUGGUGGAAUGCUCUGUCUCAUGAGACCAGGGCCCUGCAGGAUCUGAUUUCUUUCCACAGGGCCUGUAAGACAGAGUUGUUCUGCCUGGCCUUUGGCUUGGAGCCAAUUUGAUUCCCUCCCCCCCCUCUCUUUUCCUUUCUCCUCCUGUGAUGAGGCUGCAUUUUAAUAUUUUAAUGUUUCAAUAUUUUAAUUGUUGUAUUUUAAUCUUGUUUUUAAGUUGUAUUCAUUCAACUUGUUUUUAUUAUUGCUUGUUAGCCGCCCUGAGCCCAGCUUUGGCUGGAGAGGGCGGGGUAUAAAUAAAAAAUAUUAUUAUUAUUAUUAUUAUUAUUAAGUCUUUUGAUGGACAGAAUAGUGCUAGGUAUAAAAUUAUAGAUGGUGAUUAUCUUCAAGGAAAAUAAAUUCCAUAACUGAAGGGAGGCAAUUAUUGCAGUGGAACAGAAAAAUGUAUCUCAGCUCUGAGUGUUGUAUACCCAGAAAUCAUUCUGUAAUGUGCUAGUUUAUCUUACGCAAAAAUAUUGGUACUACAUGCUUUGAAUGAGUAAAAGUUGCCUUGGAAAGCUUUUCACUUACUCAAGGAAAGAAAAUAUUUCAUAUGACUUCGCCUUUAAUACCCCCCAACUUAUAUUGGAAAAAUUGAAAAAUGGGGUGGUGGUGGUAUUUUUUAUGGAUUUUUCUGUCCACUCCUUCAUAGACUUUAUAUGUUUGGCCAAGACAUUUCCUCCCGCCCCCCCUUAGGAAAUGGGUUCUCUCAUUUCUGUGUUGAUCCAUUGAAAGGCAUGGGUUGCUCCUCCAUCUCUAAGUACAGGUUACUCUCACCUGGUUACUUUUGGCAGGAAACCAGCAGUUACAAAAGGUUUUUCAUUUUCUUCCAAACCACACAAUGAUGCCUGUGCGAUAGGCAGCUUAUUACAUUUUGACUGGGUUUGUGACUUCAGCAAGUGGACUUGUUGCAAGGCUGGGGAAAUGUAACUGUAAGCAGAAAAAAGUAGUGGUAAAUUUCUCACAUUUUGGGGGUAAAGGUAAAGGGACCCCUGACCAUUAGGUGCAGUCGUGGCCGACUCUGGGGUUGUGGUGCUCAUCUCGCUUUAUUGGCCGAGGGAGCCGGCGUACAGCUUCCGGGUCAUGUGGCCAGCAUGUCUAAGCCACUUCUGGCGAACCAGAGCAGCGCACGGAAACACCGUUUACCUUCCCGUUGGAGCGGUACCUAUUUAUCUACUUGCACUUUGACGUGCUUUCGAACUGCUAGGUUGGCAGGAGCUGAGACCGAGCAACGGGAGCUCACUCUGUCACAGGGAUUUGAACCAUUGACCUUCUGAUCAGCAAGCCCUAGGCUCUGUGGUUUAACCCACAGUGCCACCCGCGUCCCUCAUUUUUCGGUAGACUGUCAUUUUUGUUGUUGCUGUUGUUGAUAGUUUUUUUUUUUUUAAAUUCCCAGCUUACUUCUCUCCUCACACUUCUGUUUAUAGGUUCCACAGAUGCUGAAAAUAUGCUUUACGUUCCCUACAAGACCUUAUGUUCCAUAAUUAGCAGCAUGGUUUUUGGGGAAGGCGAGGCCCAGCAACUGAUUGAAAUCUUGACUGAGAAAGCAGGAGGCGCUCAACACCCAUGGCUGAUGGUAUGGACAUCUCUUGAUCAUCAAGGGUCUGCUGUGGAUAAACUUCACGAUGCUCCUGAAUCCCAGUUGCUGGAAACAUCAGGAGGGGAGCGGGCCCUUGUGUUCAGUUCCUGCUUGCAGGCUUUCCACAGGCAUCUAGGCUGGACUAGAUGGGCCAUUGGUCUGGACCAGCAGCCUGCUCUUAUGCUCUUAUUUUCUUACGUUCAUCUUGAGGACAUUGACUCUACUCCACAGACUAAGGAAGAGCCAGACCAUUUGGUUAUUUUUUUCUACAGCUGAGAAAGCAGCAGGUCUCAAUUAGGGUGUCCUUCCUCAUUGAAAUGGCCAUGACAGUAGGCUCCUAUCAAGGGGGAUGUAACUCAGAGCCUCUGACUUGGUUCAGUUUAUUUUAUAAACCAAUGGAUCUCUGGUUCAUGAAACCACCCAUAUACACACACACACACACACACCUAUAGACUCUCUCUCUCUCUCUCACACACACACACACAUAUAUACACAUACACACACACACACACACACACACACACACACAUAUAUAUAUAUAUAUAUAUAUAUGGUUCAUCAGCCCCAAAUAAAAUUAAAGUUGCAUAAUAUAAAAUAUAUGCUACUUAGAAUGGAGUUUUUUAGAUAAAUAUAUGUUACUUAAAAUGGAGUUAUAGAUUGUCUAUGUGAAAUUUCUACAUUUAGAUAUUUUGCAACUUUUUCUGUGAUUUAAAAAAAUUAGAGCUUGAGGCAAAGGUCUCUGGUAGGUUAAUGAAGGGCUGAUCUUGCUAACAAAUGUGUUAUAGCAUAAGCUUUUGUGGAGUGUCCACUGUAAUGGAAGCAGGAGGCUAGGAGAGCCUGCUUAUAACCUUCCUUCCACAACAACCUUGCAAGUAGGCCAGUCACAUCUUAGAACUAUUCAGUAAUCACUGUGACCACCAUCUGUCAACACUUAUUGCGUGUUGCAGAGUGCAGAGAGGAGGGGAUUCUGGGGCGCUCAUGGAAGUACUAAAAACUGGGACCCCAAGAUAGCAUUCGGUUUCCUUGAUCUUUCCUGGGGUUCAAGAAAGAUGCUUUUCUUCUAAGAUUCCCCUCAGUUCACGAGGGACAACAGAGCAAGCGUCUGACUGCUUUCUGCACCAUGGGGUCCAGUGAAGCUUGCUUUUUCACCCCAGUAGCAUCUAGACAGAAUCCUAGAGUUUGACAUAAACUCAUUUCAGACCUCAGCAGCCAAAUUAUAUGAAAUUUUAUGAAGAAUACAAAAGAGGAGAAAAGAGCAAAAGCAGGCUAUUGAAAAUAAAGAGAGCUUUUUAGCUGAGAUCUACCUUUCCCUGACCUGGUUACAAAGAGGCUUGUGGUCUCCUCAUGUGCAGAGUUUUAUGAUGGGUGGUGCAGGCACCUGGAAUGGAAGGUGAGGGAGAUGGACCCUGCUGGGGCUGCCCAUUCUUAUUGGCUCUCCCACCCACGUUGGACUCAGUGAUAGUUGGCAUUUUUUAGCCAAUCAGAGCACAGGUCAUGUAACUAGUUUGAAACUUGCCAGGAGUUGGGAAGAUGGUAGUUGCUCCCAGGGCACAGGAAAGGAUGAUUAUCGCUGGUGGAAAUUGCCGCUGGAUUUCUCCAUCUUUCUGCCAGACAGAAUCUGUUCUGGUUUUGUGGAUUCAGGAGUUGGCUGGAGCACGUGCUUGCCUUGAUCAAGCAAAAUGGAGGGAGAGAGAGCAUGGAUUUUCUACGCAUCUACUUUUUCUGAUGAAAAACAAGGAAAAGAAAAUUUGGAUAACACUCUGUCCUUCCACUGAUUGCCAUUAUGAUACCAAGCCAUGGCACUAAGCACUCAUUUUUUGGUCUGAUAGCUGGCUGGCAUACAAGAGAAUACUGUGGUAGUUCUGAAGCACUUAAUUCAGCAUUGAAUUGAUUCUUGUUGCAGGCAACUCAGAAAGGCGAUCCCGUUGCUGUUCUGAAACGACAGCUAGAGGACAGAGAGAAGCAACUUGCAACGGAACAAGAAAAUGUAACUGUCGCAAAAGCUAAACUGAGAGAACUCUCCAAGGUAGGUUCUUACACUGGCUUCAGAAGUGGCGCUUCAGAUAUUCAGAACCUACAUUUUGGGCCCCGUUGUCCGGAUACAAGCUCCUUAUCUGUGUCCAGAGUGUGAUUCAUAUUUUCCUUCCUGCUUAUGGCACCUGCUGGCAAUGGGAACAUUCUCUCAUUCUGCUCUCAAUCAUUUAUUUAUUUAUUAUCGUGGCGCUUCACUGUUUGCUGUGAAUUACAUAGUCUCAACAACAACAUUCUGAAGUUGCCCACUUUAGGAUGGAUUUGCAAAUAUACAUAUCAAAUCUUGGCAACAGGUUUUCUGCACCAAUGGGCUUCCUGCUUCAGUCCAUACAACAGGUGCUUACUGGGUGACCUGGUACAACAUACAAAGAAAUGUAUUGCAGAAUGUAAUCAGUCAUUUUCUCCUGAAGAGCUGUGGUCUGAUAUUCUUUUGAGCAUAUUUAGAACAGUCCCAGGGCUCAAGUGAAUAUUAUGAAUACUAUACGAAAAUGCUCAAAAUUAGACUGAAAAGUUUGUCAUUCGGUGGUGUCAAUGCCUUUUCUGACAGAAUGUUAUCAAAUAUUACAUUGCUUAUAUUGAAGAAGACACUUUCCACCUCAGGGGCUUUACCUGACACCAUCAACCCUUUCUAAGUGACCCUCCAAUAACACCUUUUUGCAGACCAGGCCUUUAGAAACUAAAGUGAUUAGUAGGAGUCAUCUUGUGUUGCUUCAAUCUAAUCUGUGAAGCUACCCACACUUUGAAGUGGAUGCGUAACUUCAUUCCAGGUCAACCCUAUAACUAGGAGACCUCAACACUUUUUAGUGGUUAUAGCAUCAGGUAGCUACAAAGUGCAAAUGAACCCACUUAAAGUUCAAGGUGUGAGCUGUGUUCUCUGCUACGAGGGGUGGGAAAUCUCAGGCUGAGGACCGAAGUCGGCUUUGAAGGCCUCUCUGUCCGGCCCUUGGGUCUCUUCCACAAACCCGGCUCUCUCUGCAGGGCACAUGAGGUGGUGGGUCUCACAGCAGAGGCUCCAGACAGCUGGAAGGCUUGGCGCUGCCACCACAUGCCCGCUGCUGCGCCCGCCUGUCAUAAAGAAACAGUGACUAUGAUGUGCGAGUUUGUAUAGUUUGUGUGUCAUAACCUAGGAAAUCAUGGGAGCAUAGUUCAGAAUGGCAUGCUGCUGGCAUCCAAAAGCAAAUGGGUUAUUAAGGCAGGUUUAAAUCUGUGUUUUGGUUAAACUGAGGCCUACUGUAAUACUGAGUAAUCCCAAGAAUCAACACAUUCUUGAGUUUGUCCUACACUGUAUGUUCAAGACCUUGACUCCACAUUUUAUGCAUGUUGUUUAGUCGUUUAGUCGUGUCCGACUCUUCGUGACCCCAUGAACCAGAGCACGCCAGGCACUCCUGUCUUCCACUGCCUCCUGCAGUUUGGUCAAACUCAUGUUGGUAGCUUCGAGAACACUGUCCAACCAUCUCGUCCUCUGUCGUCCCCUUCUUCUUGUGCCCUCCAUCUUUCCCAACACCAGGGUCUUUUCCAGGGAGUCUUCUCUUCUCAUGAGGUGGCCAAAGUAUUGGAGCCUCACCUUCAGGAUCUGUCCUUCCAGUGAGCACUCAGGGCUGAUUUCCUUAAGAAUGGAGAGGUUUGAUCUUCUUGCAGUCCAUGGGACUCUUAAGAGUCUCCUCCAGCACCAUAAUUCAAAAGCAUCAAUUCUUUGGCGAUCAGCCUUCUUUAUGGUCCAGCUCUCACUUCCAUACAUCACUACUGGGAAAACCAUAGCUUUAACUAUACGGACCUUUGUUGGCAAGGUGAUGUCUCUACUUUUUAAGAUGCUGUCUAGGUUUGUCAUUGCUUUCCUCCCAAGAAGCAGGCGUCUUUUAAUUUCGUGGCUGCUGUCACCAUCUGCAGUGAUCACGGAGCCCAAGAAAUUAAAAUCUCUCACUGCCUCCAUUUCUUCCCCUGAAGCUCAACAUCAAAAAAACGAAGAUCAUGGCCACUGGUCCCAUCAACUCCUGGCAAAUAGAAGGGGAAGAAAUUUUAUGCAUACCUCAUUAUAAAUGUCUUCUCUUGAAGGAACUCACAGCUGAGAAGGCAAAAGCCUUAAGUGUUGAGAAUAAGUUGAAGGAGCAACUGCAGACACGUGAGCAGGAGGUGACUGCUCUACAAGCCCGGAUGCAGGCCAGUUACCAGGAUCGUGAGACUGAGACCCAACAGUUGCAAGGAAAGGUGGGAUAAGUGACUUAACAGCUUUAUUUGUUGUCAAGGAUUCCUUUGGAAUUCUUUUUCUAGUGGAAGAAUGUGAAGAGCAAUAUUAGAGCUUUGUCCUGUUUGGAUCUUCUUCAUCCAAAGCACAAAUAAACAACUGGCUGUGUGACGAAGCAUUCAUAGCUACUUUGUCAUACACUAGAUUUGGCCCCUUUCUUUUUAGCUCAAAUAUAUUCAGUCUACACCAAGGGUAGGGAAGCUUUUCAGAUGGGAGGCCGCAUUACCAUGGUGGAAAACUGUCUAUGAUUGCAUUCCAUGAUUCACCCAAAAGCUGUUUCCCAUGGAAACUGAGGCAUAUAGUUAAUUCUUAAAAGUUUCACCUUCCGGUUUCUCCGUAGACUUUUAAAAGCAAAAUUGGUUUAAAAACCUCUCCUUUAAUCUAUUCCGAUAGUUCAAAGGGUGAAAAGAACUCUGUAAUGCUAUCAGAGGAUUGCAAAUAAUCAGUACCCAUCAGAAUUGCAAAUCCUGCCUUAAAGGUAAAGGUAAAGGGACCCCUAACUGUUAGGUCCAGUCUUGAACAAUUCUGGGGUUGCGGCGCUCAUCUCACUUUACUGGCCAAGGGAACCGGUGUACAGCUUCUGGGACAUGUGGCCAGCAUGACUAAGCCGCUUCUGGCGAACCAGAGCAGCGCACGGAAAUGGCAUUUACCUUCCCGCCGGAGCGGUACCUAUUUAUCUACUUGCACUUUGACGUGCUUUCGAGCUGCUAGGUGGGCAGGAGCAGGGACUGAGCAAUGGGAGCUCACUCCGUUGUGGGGAUUCGAACCGCUGACCUUCUGAUCGACAAGCCCUAGGCUCUGUGGUUUAGACCACAGCGCCACCCGCGUUCCUAAACCCUGCCUUAGAGCUAUUCAAAGCCUCACGCUUCAGAAUGCAAUGGCAUAUAAAAAUUGCAUGUAUUUGCAACAGAAACCAAGUAUGCUUCUCUGUGGAGACAUGUUGCCUUUGUGUGGCAGAGGAAGGAGCUACAAUUGCACACUUGGAGCAGCAUCAAACCCUUUUCCGUCUCAGCUGCUCCCUGCUGGCUGGGAAGGGACUCAGAGGGCUGCAUUAGGCUGUGGUGACAUCUGGCCCAUGAGCUGGGGUUCUAGUCUACAUACUGGUUGACAUGCCUGUUGACUCUCAGUUAAAAAACAAAAGAAAAAAACCGUGUAGAGUAAAAAGAGAGGCCUAGAAUCUUCAUGGUAAAGCUAUACACUUUCCAUGGUGAACCCUGAGCUGCUGCAUCUAGAUGUGAAUGAUAGCAGGGAGCUGUUCUGAUGUUGUUCUUCUUCAUUGAUUUCCAGAUUCGAACUCUACAAGAACAAUUGGAGAACGGCCCUAACACCCAACUUGCUCGCUUGCAGCAAGAAAAUUCCAUUCUCAGAGAUGCUUUAAACCAGGCCACAAGCCAGACCGAAAGCAAGUAAGAUGAACAGCAUUUUAGUUAAUGUGAAAAUGUAAUGUAAGAGGAAAGAAUUUUAUAGCAGUGGACUGUGCAGACAAUAGGUGUGGCUUCAGUGUGAAGUAUUUGAGUUAGUUACCGUAUUUUUCACCCUGUAGGACGCACUUUUCCCCCUCCAAAAUUGAAGGGGAAAUGUGUGCGUCCUAUGGGGCGAAUGCAGGCUUUCGCUGAAGCCUGGAGAGCAAGAGGGGUCCCGCCGGGCUCCCUAGGCUUGCGGAUAGCCGCCUGUUCUGGGGGCUGGGGUCGGGGGAAGCUCGGCUUUCCCCGUCCCAGCCCCGCACCUGGGGGGGGGAAAUAAUUUUUUUUCUUUAUUCCCCCCCCCAAAAAAACUAGGUGCGCCCUAUGGGCCGGUGCGCCCUAUAGGGCGAAAAAUACGGUAGGUGCUAACACUGAAUAAUUUCUUUAUUGUGUGAAUUCUGUUCUGAGAAUAUUCACUUAGUAGGCAACAUCCAGAACAGUUGAUCAUUGUCAUGAUAGACAAUUUUUCCCCCAACCCACUAUAAAAAGGUAGGGGUUGUUCUCUUUUUCCAGUCUCUUGCUAUCACUGAUUUUGCAGCAGCGAUCAAUUUAGUUGUCACCUCUGGAUCAUUUUUUAAGAUGACCGUUUUAAAAUAACCAAAUAUAAUAAUCUUGGGCAUGAAAGGUAUAUAGCAUUUCCCAAAUAACCACAGAUAUUGAAUUCCAGAAUUGCAUUUGAGGACAUUCCUUCCAAAUAUGCAUAAAAUCUGUUUUAAAUAACUGCUUCUCCAACAGUUAUCAUGCCCUAAUAUCUAUACAGUAUUAAAUUUAACUUACGUGGAGUAUCAUUCUCAAAGAAUAUUAUAAUAGUUCUCCUUCAAAUCAGCAGAUAACAAUUUAGGUGGAACAUUUGCCUGUAACCUUUUCCAUUAUUUCAUGUUCCUGUCCCUUAUAUAUGCUUGUGGCAAGAGAAAAAAAUAGUGACCUAUAUUGCUAGGAAAAUAUGGAUGGUGAGGAAACAAGUUGCUGACACAUUUUCAUUUUUCAAAUGUUGCAUAUAGGCAGAUUUUACAGUUCUUUAAAAUCGGAAUUGUUUUGAAGCAAGCUUGACCCACACCUUACUGUUUCAACUUUUGCAAUUCAGACAAAACGCUGAACUGGCCAAACUGCGUCAGGAAUGUAGCAGACUAGGCAAAGAGUUGACUGAAAAGUUGGGCACAUUACAGCAGGUGGAAGAACAGAAAAAGGUCUUGGAGACGAAGGUUGCUGCCUCUGAAGAGCAAAUCCGUCAGCUCCAGGUCAGUAACAGACAGGUACCAAUAAUUCUAUGCUUACAGUGAAAAGAUUGCUAGAAGUUGAAAGAUUUGGAUUCUGUUCCUAGUCAUGGCAGAUUUGCGUCCCACUGUAAAGGCCCUUCAGAUAUCCAUGGGGCAGGAAAUCAGUAGGGUGGCCUCUGCCCCCUGCUGUGUAUGUCACCAUUCAAGUCACAUGGUUGCAGGGCUAUUAUUCAUCUAUGCACCCUGAUGUUGUAUGGACUUGUCAUAUGCAGCUGUUUGACCGAUGCACAGUCUGUAAUUAAGGAAAAUGUGUUACUCAACAGAUCAUUUGGGUUCAAAUGGUCUGUUUCAUAGACAAAGCCUUUUCCCCACAUUGGAAGAAUGAAAGAAUGAGUGAGUGAGUUGGUUAGUUAGUAUACUAUCCUUCAUCCGUAGAUCUCAAGGUGUUUCACAACAGAAAAAUCACAAAAUGCAUAGGAAUUACAUUCUGUAGGAAAUAGUUUUCCAUUUAUACACAAUACUGCAUAUUCAUCUUAAGACUGAUAUGAAACUGUCUCUUAUCUAAUUCAGAUGCAUCUGGGGCCAUUAUAAAGGGUCUCAUAAGAUCUGGCCCUUUUGGCACAACAUCUAAGGCAGGCAUAGGCCAACUCCAGCCCUCCAGAUGUUUGGGACUACAAUUCCCAUCAUCCCUGACCACUGGUCUUGUUAGCUAGGGAUGAUGGGAAUUGUAGUCCCAAACAUCUGGAGGGCCGGAGUUGGCCUAUGCCUGAUCUAGGGCACCUUUCCAUUCAGGAAAUCAGUGGAUGGGGUCUUUCAUUCAGCAGAUCUGUUUAGGGUUCUGGAAGCAUGGCACAUUGGAGGAUAAGAAGACUGUUGUAUCCCUCCAGUCCCGGAAUUUGUCAUACUUUGUGUCAGCUCUGUGGCCAGUGGGCAACAAACAGAAAGCAUGAUGGGCUUUAGAGACAAGUGGACAGGGAGGAUCUGGCCAGGAACUGCUGUUCCCUGUUCUGCCAUUACAACAACCCCAUGCCUGCACGUCUCAGGGUGAUAAAAUGGAAUAAGCUCAUGAACAACUCUAAGGAAACUGCGUUGGACGCAGAUUCAUUUAUUUAUACCUGCUUUCCUGAAUGUACCUGCACUGGAAAGCUGCAGCAAUUGUUGCUUUCUGGUACUCGUGACAAAUAAAUAUGUGUGCUUCACGUGUGACAAAGUUCCUGAAUAGCAGUGAUAUCCAUGGAGUCAUCUGUGAAGCUGUCUUCAUGACUGUGUGCAUGCUUGAAUGAAUGAAUCUUUAGUUCCGUCAUCCAUCGACCAUAGCAAUAAGACGACAAUACGAUAUACAAAGCAUAGAAAUAAAAAGUCAAUUAUAGAAAAUACAUUUUAGGGUUUUGAAUCAAUAGUCAAACAGUGGAUGUUAUUCUAAUUGCCCCAGCUAAAAACCUGGCAACCUUUGCUGUCACCUGCUCAUCUUGAUCUGUAUGCAUACUUUGGGAAGUACAGGACAGGAAUUGUCACGGCAAUAAUCAGGGCUAUCCCAGGAUGUUUUGCCACCGAAGGCAAAACGGAAAACACCCUUGCCUCCUCCUCUGGCAGCGGGUGGUGGGCUUUGGUUGUGCAGUGGAUGAGGAGGCAGCCAACAGGUGCAGGAGGCAGUGAGGAGGGUACUCCAUGGAGGCUGGAUCUGCUGCCCUGAGGCAACUGCCUCACUGUACAUCAUAGGCACAGUGCCUGGUACGACAUGCUAGAAGCCAUGUGGCUUUCAAAAAGUCACCCUGUGCUUUUGUCUCCCAUCUUAAUUUUGAUCCCACCUCCUUCAUGCAGAUAUCCCAAAAAGAAAAGGAGGCGCCACUGCAGAAAAGCUUGGAAGAGAUGGGCGAAGAACUCUCCAAAUCCCAAGCCAGCUAUCAGAGCUUGCAGAAAGAGCUGGGAAAGGCAAAAGAGCAGCAGUCCAGUCUUGCUGGUGAGAUCGCAUUGUAGGGAGGAUGUCACAAAAUCCUCCGUCUGGCACACACCCCUCUAAAAUAAGUCCCCCCCCCCACUAUAAUGACCCCCCAACUAUUAGCUAGUACAGUCAUACCUCGGGUUUCAGACGCUUCAGGUUGCACGUUUUCGGGAUAAAGACACGCCAAAACCCGGAAGUACCGGAAUGGGUUACUUCUGGGUUUCGACGCUCGCGCAUGCGCAGAAUCGCAACCCGUACGUGUGCAGACGCGGCGCGGUGGGUUGCAGACGCUGCGCCUCCAGCAUGGAUCAUGUUCGCAACCCCAGCAUCCACUAUAGUAAAUUUGUUUGGGGUCAUGGUGCUUCUGUGAAUGGUGGUUGCCCAGUUCCAGGCUCUGAUACGUAAUCCUGAUUUUUAACAUCCAUUUCAGUUGACUUCUAGCUUGAAUUGGGACAAAAACAGCUUGGCACCAUCCUCUGGUGGCUCCAGCUCUAUCUGGCAAGCAGAUUCCAGAUGUUGGUGCUAAGGACUGUUCCUUGGCUUUGUGACAUUUAUGCUAUACAGUUCUUACAAACAACAGCAACAACUUUUCCUCCAUCAUGUUCAACAUCUACAGGUAGGUAGGUAGGUAACCUGUGGCCCUCCAGAUGUUGUUGGGUUGCGACUCUCCUCCUCCCCGAUUCUUGGCCACUCUGCCUGGGGGUGAUGGGAGUCGCAAUCCACCAGUAUCUGCACCUCGAAAAGAAGAUGAGAUGCCUGCACAUGGUUCAGAAAAGGGGAACCGAAAUGAUCCAGAGACUGAAACAACUCCCCAGUAAGCAAAGGUUGGGAGCUUUCAGUUUUGAAAAGAAAAGUCACAUAAGGGAGAGACAUGAUUGUUGUUGUUUAGUCGUGUCCGACUCUUCGUGACCCCAUGGACCAGAGCAUACCAGGCACUUCUGUCUUCCACUGCCUCCCGCAAUUUGGUCAAACUCAUGUUGGUAGCUUCGAGAACACUAUCCAACCAUCUCGUCCUCUCUCAUCCCCUUCUCCUUGUGCCCUCCAUCUUUCCCAACAUCAGGGUCUUUUCCAGGGAGUCUUCUCUUCUCAUGAGCUGGCCAAAGUCUUGGAGCCUCAGCUUCAGGAUCUGUCCUUCCAGUGAGCACUCAGGGCUGAUAUCCUUAAGAAUGGAGAGAGUUGAUCUUCUUGCAGUCCAUGGGACUCUCCAGAGUCUCCUCCAGCACCAAGAGAGACAUGAUACCUGCGUAUAAUAUUAUUAGAGAGAGUGGAUCAAGAACAGUUCUCUCUCUUUCUGUCAUAUCACCUGGGACCACCAAAUGAGGUUGAAUAGUGGGAGAUUCAGGACAAGAAAAAAGAAAUGACUUCUUCACACAGCGCAUAGCUAAAACUGUGGAAUUUGCAUCAACACAGCACAAUGAUGCCCCCCCCCCAAACCUGGACAGCUUUAAAAGGGGAUUAUUCAUGGAGGAUGAGGCUAUCAAGGACUACUAGUCUUGAUGGCUGCAUACCACCUCUGGUGUCAGAGGCAGUAACCCUCUGAUCAUCAGCUGAGAGGGAUGCUGUUGUGCUUAUGGGCUUCCUAUAGGCAUUUAGUUAGCCACUGAAGAAAAGGAUAAUUAUUAGAUUGGCCUUGACUGUCAUCCAGCAGGCUUCUUUUAAUGUUUGGUCACAGUUAAAUAAAUGUGGCUGCCGGUGCCACCAUCUCAUCUAAUUUGGCCCGAAUUCUGAAAGAAAAUGGACUAGGGCAGGAACCCCCAAACUCAGCCCUCCAGAUGCUUUGGGACUACACUUCCCAUCAUCCCUGACCACUGGCCCUUUUAGCUAGGGAUGAUGGGAGUUGUAGUCCCAAAACAUCUGGAGGGGUGGGUUUGGGGUUGCCUGGACUUCCAGAGGCAAAGCCAAGAAUGUACAUGGAAUACUGGAAUUGCACCCACCUUUAUUCCCAGUGCUGUUUAUACGAGCAGGGCUUAUUUUUAUCUUUUAUUUAUUCCACCAAGCUGGAUGCGCAGCACAAUGUUACUACAUUUCAGAAAAGCUUUGUUUCCAAACUGUUAAUGAUUUUUGUAUGGUGUAAUGAGAUGUCUGGAUCAACCUAGUUCUAUCCCAUGCUGGUUUCUCUCUUGUCCCGUUUGUGGGUGGAAUUUUUAAGGGGAAUCUUCUAAGAAAACUGUCAAGCUUUUUACUCUGUCUCUCUCUCACACACACUUAUUACACACCCUUUACGUGGUCGUCCCAAGGCUGCCACUUUCUGUAACAUUUUACAGCUGCUCGAAGCAGCUAAUACCUCCUCCACACAGUAAGUAAAUACCGUAUUUUUUGCUCUAUAAGACUCAUUUUUUCCCUCAUAAAAAGUAAGGGGAAAUGUGUGUGCGUCUUAUGGAGCGAAUGCAGGCUGCGCAGCUAUCCCAGAAGCCAGAACAGCAAGAGGCAUUGCUGCUUUCACUGCGCAGCGAUCCCUCUUGCUGUUCUGGCUUCUGAGAUUCAGAAUAUUUUUUUUCUUGUUUUCCUCCUCCAAAAACUAGGUGCGUCUUGUGGUCUGGUGCGUCUUAUAGAGCGAAAAAUACGGUAAAUAAUCUGCACAUCCAGUUUGGUGGAAUACAUGGAGGGUAGUAAUCUUGUCCCAUUCAAUGUCCUUGUAAGACCACUAGGGAUGUUGAGCUGGGUGCAGGGAAGCUAUUGGCAUAAAUUCAUGGGGGCAGCUAUCUGUUUCUUCGUACAAUUUCCAUUUUAUGACACAUUCAAGGAGGUUUUUUUGUUUUUGUUUUACCGUGUGCCCAUUAUUUAUUAACUUAUAUAAUGCUCAUUUACCAAGAUGGCUUCUAAAAGGUUUACAAGUACAGUGGUACCUCGGGUUAAGAACUUAAUUCGUUCUGGAGGUCCAUUCUUAACCUGAAACUGUUCUUAACCUAAGGUACCACUUUAGCUAAUGGGGCCGCCUGCUGCCACUGUGCCGCCAGAGCACGAUUUCCGUUCUCAUCCUGAAGCAAAGUUCUUAACCCAAGGUACUAUUUCUGGGUUAGCGGAGUCUGUAACCUGAAGCGUCUGUAACCUGAAGCAUCUGUAACCCGUGGUACCACUGUAUAUUAGCUGCUCUGAGUAGUGGCUGCCCUGGGACUACCUCGUAAGCCACAGACCCAUUGCUUAAUUCACACAUCUGUGUUCUGAUCUGUUCUUGGGCCCUGAGGAGAAUGGCCAGGGUAGAUUGACUCCAAAAGAUGCAUCCCUGUGAUGUAAGCAAGAGGAAUGAUGGGUGUAGCCUGAAUUGCAUGACCACGAGUGUUUUAUCCACCUUUAACAGAACUUCAGUCUAAACUGCUGCACUCUGAAAUGAUGGUGAAGAGUAAGGCAGAAGAACUAAACAGUUUACAGAUUAAGUUGUCGGAAGCCACUUCCAAGAAUGCAGAGCUUGCAGAGAGGAUUCAAUCGACCGAAGCCCUCCUAGAGGCAGGACAAAUGAGAGAAGCAGAGAAAAACAAAGAUGUUCAGGUCAGAGUCUUGCAAUGUCCUUCCCUGCUAGCUUCUGCUUCCGAUAACUUUUCUUCUUUUUCAGGGGUUGCCACUCCUUAUGGCACACUACUAAAGCAUCAUGGCAUUAUUACUUACCGUGCCGCUUCCUAUGUUUUUAGAUACAAUGACUGCUUUGAAGACAGUAAUGUAAUUUCAUUUCCUUCUCCCCCUGUAUAUUCAGGAAGCAAACCAAACAGAAGCCAGCCAAGUGCAGUUAAGGUAAGGCUGGUAGAAUACUGUGUUUUUGACACUGAUCAUUAAAUAGUUGGUGUGUGAUCAUUUAGAAAAGAACACUGUGAUUAAAAAUAGCAUGCCAAGACUAUUAUAUCUUUUAUUUAUAGACAGUGCUUUUUUUUCUAAAAAAAUGUUUAGGGGUUCUCUCAUUUUCCUACUCAUAUUGAAAUACUGCCCCUCAAUGAGGCCAAACUUAGAUUCACAAAAUGUUUAGGGGUAUGCGUACCCCUGCGUCCCCCCAGAAAAAAGCACUGUUUAUAGAGCUACUAGUGCGGCAGAUAAGGAGGAUUUUGUCCCUGAAAUAUAUCUUUAUUUCAGCAAGGAUUUCAACAAGGUCCCUCACAAAGUUCUUGUUGACAGGCUGGGAAAAUGUGGGCUAAUAAGUGAUGUUACUUCUGAGUGGAUUUGUAACUGGUUGAUGUACUAUAUCCAAAUAAUGCUAAUUAAUGUCUCCUCAUCAACCUGCACAGGCCUGAUAAGUAGAGUAGCAGCAGUGAUCUGUCCUGAGUGCAGUGUUGCUCAACAUCUUAAAACACACACACACACACAAUUGCAGGAAGGGAAUGAUCAUCAGAUGACACCAAUCUAGGAGGAGGAGAUAAUACCUUAGACAGAAACAGGAUUAGAAAUGUACUUGACAGGAUGAAGAACGGAGAUGAGAGCAGAAUGUUACAUUUAGGUAUGAAAAAUCAGAUUCAAAAAUGGGAUGUGUGGGAUGCCGGCUUGACAGCAGUGUUAGGUCAAGGGAACUAUAAAAAACUAUAAAAGUAUAAAAAGGAGAAUUCUCUAGAUGCCAAGAUCCAGGUUUGGGGCAUGUACUCUUUGGUGAGAGAACCCCAGCAGAGAUUUAAAAUCACAAAAUAUGCAGCAAAGUAAAGCAUGGAAAUAUAGGCUAUUGGUCCUCCAAAAUAUGUCCUUGUGAGUUCCAAAACUUCCCUCUUCCCCCAGCAUAGGAAAAGACCACUUAUCUUGCAAGUUAAAAACAGUGGUGCCCCGCAAGACGAAUGCCUCGCAAGACGGAAAACCCGCUAGACGAAAGGGUUUUCCGUUUUUGAGUUGCUUCGCAGGACGAAUUUCCCUAUGGGCUUGCUUCGCAAGGCGAAAAUGUCUUGCGAGUCUAGAGAUUUUGUUUUCGCUUUCCCCCCCCUUUAUCUAAUCUGCUAAGCCUUUAACAGCCUUUAAUAGCCUUUUAGCAGCUAAUCCGCUAAGCCUUUAAGCCUUUAAUAGCCGCUAAACCGCUAAUAGCGCUAAUCCGUUAAGCCGCUAAUAGGGUUGCUUCGCAAGACGAAAAAACCGCUAGACGAAGACUCUCGCGGAACGGAUUAAUUUCGUCUUGCGAGGCACCACUGAAUUUGUUUACUUACAAAUUCUUCAACGGUUCAUGAGCUUUUCCAUACAGCACCCAGAAAAAAGUUGCUCAGGCAGCAAAACUUGGCUUAGUUUUAGUGGUGAAAGUCCCUAAAUUAUUGGUAUAGGAAUUCAAGAGUAGCUUAUAAGAGCCAUGCGGUCUGAGCUGCAGCUUUGCGGUCUUAGCUGCAAUUACAAGCUCAGACCUCCUCACAGGCUUGAUUGCCCAGCGCCUCCCAAGGUGAGCUAAGCCCAGCAGGAUAGUUUACUCUGUUGUUGUUGCUCGUUUCAUUUCUAUAAUCCUUUGUAUUUUAAAGAAAAGAACUCAAAGCAGUUUACAACCAACAUCAUAAAAAAGAAUCUAGAAUAAAACAGAAGUACAGAAGAAAGUCAACUAUAAAGUAUAUUCAAAGCAACAUAAUUAGCAGGAAGCUAAAACAGGGGUCGGCAGCCUAAGGCCCAUGGGCCGGUAGCAGCCCACGAGGCUUGUCUAACUGGCCCAUGGCGACCCCUGCCACCACCCCCCGCCGCUGCCCACCCGCUCUUACUGGUGCGGUGCGGCGCGGGGACUGACUUCCGGGUUGAUGGUGCCUGUGUGGAUGCGCAUGGGCGCUCCUCCGACCCAAAUGUGUGCCGGAAAUAGAAUGUGCGGGAUGGAGACGCGCCCGUGCGCAUGUGCAUACGCUAUUUCCAGCGCACUUCCGGGAUGGAGGAGCGCCAGAAAUAGCGUGUGCUCAUGGACACGCUCCAGCCCAUCCUCCGACGGACGGAGCAUCGACCGGCCCAUCCUCGGAUAAGGUUGCCGACCUCUGAGCUAAAAUAUUACCGUAUUUUUCGCUCUAUAGGAUGCACUUUUUCCCCUCCAAAAAUUGAGGGUAAAUGUGUGGGCGUCCUAUGGAGCGAAUGCAGGCUCCUUGGCUUCAGCGAUAGCAACGCUAAGCCUCUGAAGCGCAGAGGGAGAGCUCCCUCUGCACUCCGGAGGCUACGCGUUGCUUUCGCUGAAGCCUGGAGAGCGAGAGGCGUCGGUGCACCCUAUGGAGCGAAAAAUACGGUAUCUUCAAGAUUUCAAAAUAAAACAUUACUAAAGGAAGUCAAAUAUAAAAUGAGCAUUUAAAACAGCAUAGAUAGCAAGGAAAUAAAAUAUUGUUGCAAGUGUAGAACUUAGCUGCUGCUGCUGUUGCUGCCAAUCCUGCCAAUGGUGGUUCAUGGCAGAUGGCAGCUGUGGAAGCUUAGGCUCAGUGACCUGGGUCUGCUCUAAGAGACAGCCAAGAUGGUCUCUGGCCUCUUCAGCAGCCUCAACUUUUGCAGUUGGAGCAGAUCUUCCUGAACUCACAGCCAAGGUGGCUUCUGGCCUGUCAGCAGCAUCAGCUGUUGGUCUUAACACCUUCAUACGUUGAUUAGACUAACAAUGGCUAAACCAACCUGUGUGUUGCAAUAAAGAAAUCACACCCUAUCCUACCAUGCCUUUCAUUCCAAAAAUUGCUAAAUGGCUACCAUUGAUGCUCAAAUUGGCUCAUUCUUUGCUUUCCUUGUUUUAUCUGUGGUGUUCAGCUAUGGGUGAUGUUCAGCUAAGUUUUACUCAGAGUGAGUAGAUCCAUUGAAAUUAAUUUCAGUGAGUCUACUGUGAAUAAAACUUAGUUGAACACCACCCUUUGUUAUUUAAUGUAGGGUUGCCAGUUUCCAUAAUCUAAUUAAUCAUUCUUUUGAGGAAGGAAUCCCACCAUAUUAACAUAUAUUUAAAGGUUAUCCUCUGAGGGAGUGCUGUACAGUGGACCCUCGGCUUACGUUACCCUUGGGUAACAUAAACUUUGGGUUGCGAAAGUGGCAAACCCGGAAGUAUUUUUCUAGGUUUUGCCACUCUCACAUGCGCAGAAGUACUCUACGCACCGCGUGCAUGCACAGAAGCGGUCCUCUGGUUGCGAAUUCCUCGGGAUUCAGCCGGACCUCCGAAACAGAUCCCAUUCGCAACCAGAGGUACCACUGUAUCUUCAAAAUAAUAAAUAAUUGUGUGUGUGUGAAACUGUAUAUUGUGGAAUAUUACAGAUAAUUAAUUUGUAAAUCUUCUUUCUGCUUUAGAUUCCAAGGCGUAUCCACACAGGUCACCACAUUAGAGAAUGAAGUUUCUGAACUGAAAAAUACAGCUGAACAGCUGAAAAUAAAAAACAAUGUGAGUUAAGCCGACUGUAUUAUUUCCCUAAUAUAACGAGGACUUUGGGCUGGUUUUAUGAGAGCUGUCCUCCAUUUUGGGCACCUGCAGAUUUGUAUCUAUGAAGAUUGCUUAUAUAAUGAAAGCCAGGAGUUAAUUAGAAAGAAUUAAGAAGGGAGCAUAGUGAAGGUAUCUUAGCCUUCAAAGCAAGUAUGAGAUAGGAAACUGAAAGAAUACACUUAACCUGAAAGGCACUGCAGGGUUCCAAUUGGUGUAUGUUGGUAUGUUUUUUUUAAAGAGCCAACUGUAUCAAAUACAUGAAAUGGAUUGACAAGGAGCUGGAGGCAGGGGUGUGGGUGGGUGUCCGUCUUUCUGUCCGUCCAUGUGCAGAUGUAUUUUUCCAUGCGUCUGCAGGCACAAAUACGGAACCGGCGUAAAUUUGUAAUUAGAAUAUUUUAACAAGGCAAUAUCUUAAAAAUAAAGAAACACAGAAGAAACCAUUUGGGAGAUAAGCAAGUAAAGGAGAAUAUAUGUAAAAGACGAUAAAGAAGAAAAGUAGUUCUCAAGAGAAAGAGAUACGGUGGACGCUCGGGUUGCGAACGUGAUCCGUGCGGGAUGCACAUUCGCAACCCUCUGCACAUGCGCGGGUUGUGCUUCAGCGCUUCUGCGCAUGCGCGACUGCUGAAACCCGGAAGUAACCCGUUCCGGUACUUCCGGGUUUCGGCGGUCCGUAACCUGAAAAAACGCAACCUGAAGCGGCUGUAACCCGAGGUAUGACUGUAUUUGAUUUAAGUUGCAGCAACAUAAAUCACAUUAAAGAUUCCAGCAGUUUUGAAAACGAACUUGAGUUUCCUCAUGGGGAUGGUUGAAUUGCUGUCCUUAAAGUUUUGUGGCAGCCUUCCUACAAAUAAACAGUUUGUUUCUGGUGUUUGUUUCCAACAGGAGCUGCAGGAGAAGAAUUUAGAAGCCAUGGAGGCCCUGGCUUCUGUGGAAAAGGCAUGUGAAGAAAAGCUGCUGUCUUCAACUAAGGCAAAGGUUAGCUUUCCUGUAAACCAGGGGUCAGCAAACUUACCGCGCCUUGGGCCGGAGUCUCCAGCGCUGAACGCGUGAUGAGCUGGAGGGCGGGGGAGCGUGUGCCCAUACGCAUGCCCAUACACGUGCGCACACGCUAUUUCCAGUGCACUUCCGGGUCAGAGGAGCACCAGAAAUAGCUUGUGCGCAUGUGCACGGGCCUCCUCCGACCCGGAUGUGCACUGGAAAUAACGCUUGCGCAUGCGCAAAUAAUGCUUGCACAUGUGCACAAGCUAUUUCUGAUGCUCCUCCGACCCAGAAGUGGGCGGGGGGGUUGCCGCGGGCCGGAUAAACGAGUCCCUCGCGCCUUAUCCGGCCCGCGGGCCUUAGUUUGGGGAUCCUUGCUGUAAACUCUGCAGUAUUUUGUACCAUACAGUGACAUCAUAUAUGAGCCACACAGCUUCAUCAGGACUGGACUAGAUUUGGCAGGCUCUGUUGCAGGAGGAGGAAGAGGAAGGAACCAGGAAAAGAGUGGGAACCUGAGUUGCAGGAGAGGAGGUCUCCCCUUCCCACCUUUAUGUCUGUUCUUUGGGAAAGGGCCCAUGGUUGCUGGCUCUCCCCUAAGACUUUCCUGUGAAACGCCUCAUUAAAGACUAGGGAAGGCUUUGAUCAGCCAGUGGUGGAAUUUGAGCAGAUGACCACAACUGAACAAGAGCCCAAACAGGAGGGUGCAGUCUUGCCCCCUAAAACUAGACACCUGUUUGUGAAUGGAAGCAGACUCCCCAGUCUUCGAGGAGCACACAUUUUCAAUCUUGACAUUACCACAAGUCUUGUGAGCGUAAACCACCUCGUCUUUAAAAGAGGGUUGGGGAAACUUGUUGGGACAACUUCAUUGCUUCUGCCCAGUUCUAAACCCCUUACGCUGCCCCAGAACUUCUGUAUUGUGACUCCUGAGCACCAGGUCUGCUUUCCAGCUUGUACUUGAAUACGGUUGCAGAAGUAAAGACUUCUUUCUUACUUCCAAGUAAGAGUAUCUGUCUAUAUGCAGGGGUAGGCAACCUAAGGCCCACUCGCCUUCUAAAUCUGGCCCAUGGACGGUCCGGGAAUCAGCGUGUUUUUACAUGAGUAGAAUGUGUGCUUUUAUUUAAAAUGCAUCUCUGGAUUAUUUGUGGGGCAUAGGAAUUCGUUCAUUCCUCCCCCCCCCCAAAAAAAUAUAUAAUCCAGCCCACCACAUGGUCUGCGGGACGCGGACCGGCCCAUGGCUGAAAAAGGUUGCUGACCCCUGGUCUAUAUGUGUUGUAUGGGAGCCUCAUCACUCUCCACACCCCUGUUUCUGGUGCAGGAAAGAGUGGGAAGGCAAGAGAUGAGCUGGAACCCAUUCUUGCCCCUUAUCUAUCCCCCAGAGGAGGGGGAAAGUUGGCCACCCAACCAAUUGAAGUGGAAGAACCACAGUGCAGAGCAACAUGAAGCCUCUUAAAGGGUACCUGCACAUUUUGCUUCAUAGCUUUUUUUUCCUGGAAGAGCUGGAGACUUAAAAAAAAAUUCAAGCUCACUCUCUGACUUCUGAUUGGGGCUGCUAAUGAAGGCCUUCAUGGACCCCAUGGGGCAGAAGAAAAUAUCCCCAUGUACUGUUCAAAAUUGGUUCAUAGACAGGAAAGAAAAGAUCAUGACCUGGAUAUAUGAAGAACUCUCCUUUUCUAACUAGACAAAACACACUCCAUGUGUGUUGCUCUUAAUACCCUUCCAGGCUAAACAAGAAAAUGAUGAUGAUGAUGAUGAUGAUAAUAAUAAUAAUAAUAAUAAUUUAUUAUUUAUAUCCUGCCCAUCUGGCUGGACUUCCCCAGCCACUCUGGGCGGCUCCCAACCAAAUAUUAAAAACACAAUAUAGCAUUAAACAUUAAAAACAUCCCUAAAACAAGGUGGUUUUCAGACCAACCAUCUUGAGUUGGCUGAGGGUCUGCAUUCUUCUGUUUUAGGAGUAGCUGGGUAACUCAAGGGCAUAAGUAAUCCCUCGGUGCCCCCUUUUUCAUAUCAGUAGGUGGUGGCCACUGGUCCUACAAACACAUAUGUCUUGGGUAGCCUGUUAUUUUUUGUUGACUUAAGAAAGAAUAUGGAGAAACAAAACUUGGAAUGUGGGGGACAAAUUGGAGGCAAACCUAUGCUCUCUGGCAACAGAGUGGGCAUUCAACAGAGAAGUACAGUCAGUCCUGUCUCCGUGGAGAAUGAACCUGUUUGGCAUACAUGCCUGCCACAUUCACUCUUUAGGUGUACAUUUAAGGUUGUUUGACUGUGGACAGUGUUAGAGUUGCUGCGACAGAAUCCCUGAUCCCUAUAGAGUAGAAAAGAAUUUGCUCUCCAUCACAAGAAUGAGUUUCAAAGCUUUACUGAAAACAAUCUUUAAAAAGUUACAAAGAAAUAUUACAAAAAUACAAAGGAACAUAUUGCUGUUUAACAAGUUAGCAAUGUGGUCCUGUCUUCCUUUUAGUCCUUAAUACUGUUUAAUAAACUGCUGGCUCCAUUGCUGACAAAGAAACUGACCUUCUCAGUUUUCACCUUCCUGCUUUGAGAGAUCUGCAGCUUGGGGUACUGGGAUGAGUCAUCAUUUAACCCAAAGACUGAAACAGAAAACUCUUAACCUUUUCUGCCGCAUUUGCCAGAGUGAAACAUCUUGCUUAGUGCAGACUUCCCUACUUUGCAAAUGCAAACUUUUACCUAAGAUUUUUCAAACUUCAAUGCAUAUAAAUAUUACAUUUUAUACAUAUUAAACUUAUAUCUUUAACAGACAGGCUCGUAGACUGACACACAUCCGCUCAAGAGAUACUCAAAGAUGUCUUAAGAUUCCUGUUAAUCAAGAGAAAGGUGUAAAGUCAUUUUCAGUUUUUGAAAGUCUUUCUUUGUUCUUCCAGGAAGCAUUGGAGCAACAGCUUGGAUUAAUUCAGGGACAAACAAUGAAGGUUCUCUUGUCCCUCUUCCCACAGAUCCAGUUAGGUGAUCAGCAGGUAAGCAGCAAUUGUUGCUUAAUGCUCUCCAGACCUAAAAUGCAUUGUGAUUAAGGCAGUUUCAAAUGGAAAUAACAUUAAAAAAAUAAAUAAAGGGAAAGAUGCACAGCAAAAUAAUGCUAUGCACGCAUGUUUCUGGGUUCAGUCCUCUGUACUUCCAGUAACAAAUGCCUCUGGCAGUGGGGCAUCAAGGGUUGCUGCCAGUCCAGGGGCGCCAUGGUUCAAUGGGCAGCUUCAUCACUUAAUUUGUUGUUGUUUAGUCAUCUUAGCCGUGUUCAAUUCUCCGUGACCCCAUGAACCAGAGCAUGCCUUGGAAACUCACUUUCUUCUCAAAGCUUCUCCUUUUUUAUGUCCAUGGAGUUUUCUUGGCAAAAUACUGGAGUAGUUUGCCAGUUCCUUCUCCAGGUGGAUCACAUUUAGUCUAAACUCUCAGCUAUGACCUGUGCGUCUUGGAUGGCCUUGCACGGCAUAGCUCAUAGCUUCUCUGAGUUAGUCAAGCCCCUUCGCCAUGACAAGGCAGUGAUCCAUGAAGAGGCAUCACUUACAUAGGAAAGCGAAAUUAAGACAGUGAGCUACCUAAUGGCUGUGAGUAAAUGGAGUCGUACUGGCACAUCUUUUAAUGCAAACUAUACUAGCAACACGGGACGCGGGUGGCGCUGUGGGUUAAACCACAGCUGAUCAGAAGGUCGGCAGUUCGAAUCCCCACGACGGGGUGAGCUCCCAUUGCUCGGUACCUGCUCCUGCCAACCUAGCAGUUCGAAAGCACGUCAAAGUGUAAGUAGAUAAAUAGGUACCGCUCUGGCGGGAAGGUAAACGGCGUUUCUGUGUGCUGCUCUGGUUUGCUGGCCACAUGACCCGGAAGCUGUACGUCGGCUCUCUCGGCCAAUAAAGCGAGAUGAGCGCCGCAAUCCCAGAGUCUUCUGAGACUGGACCUAAUGGUCAGGGGUCCUUUACCUUCAUACUAGCAACACAGUUUAUGCUAAGGACCCAAGUCUAGUGGGAAGCCCUUUCUGCGAAGCUCCUUUAAGUCUUAUUAGCAAAUGUGUUCCUGAAAGGAAAGUUUUGUUGGUUAAAAUCAUUCCCCGCAAGAAAGUGGUGAGGAACCACUGUACAUUAGAGAUAUUUUUUAAAAUAUUAAGGGUUUUAUAAAUGGUGUAAAUAAAUAAAUUAAAAAAUGGUAUCCCAAACCCAGGACAGUUGGUUUCUGUGCUUUUGGCUGCUGGGUCACUGGUUUUUAUUGGACUGGGAUGUUAAAGUCUUAAGCUGGUUGAGGAGAGAAGGAGUGUUUGAAGGCAGCAGACAAUGUUAAAAAGGGAUCCAUAAGGGGAGAUUAAGAGAAGGUAAGGAAGAAGAAAUUGAGACAGAGUGAUUUAGACAAGUGCAAGCUCUUAAAUAUGGACAGACUGUUGAAAGUAUGAGCUGGAAGGGAAUAUAAUACUCAGCAAUGUUUAUGCACUUCAUAAGCCCAGAGUGGCUGGGGAGGCCCAGCCAGAUGGGUGGGGUAUAAGUAAUAAAUUAUUUUUAAUUAUUAUUAUUAUUAUUAUUAUUAUUAUUAUUUGUUUCCUUCUCAGGCGUAUGGUGAAUGGUUGCAACAGUUUAAAGAAAAGGCUUUGGAAACGCUUCAGUCGCAGGGUGCAAAAACAGAACCUGUAGGUAUAAUCUGCAAAUACCCUCACAUGAAAAGUGUUAUACAACACAGUAACAAAUAUCGUGGGUGGACCAUACUAAUAAGGCCUCAUUUGGAGAACUUGACAUUGAGCCACACAAUAGCGGCGGAGGUUUUCUUUCUUGAAUAGCAGCUGAACGGGCAGCAAUAGCAACGUCCCUCCUAUGGAAGGGAGGCAAUUUUUAUUGGGAAUCCAGUGCAGUAGGAAACCCAUGAACCCCAACUGGGCCUGUCUGUGGCUAGUACAAUUGUACCUUAGAUCCUGAACGCCCUGGAACUUGGACAUUUUGGCUCCUGGACGCCGCAAACCCGGAAGUGAUUUCUCUGGCUUGCUUGCAAACGUUCUUUUGGAACCCAAACGUCCGACGGGGCUUCCGCAGCUUCUGAUUAACUACAGGACCUUCCUGCAGCCAAUCAGAAGCUGCAAUUUGGUUUUCGAACGUUUUGGAGGUCGAACGGUCUUUCAGAAACAAACAGAAAAUCACACAAACCAGACCCAUUGGAUACAAUCACACACAUUGUAACAUAUUGUGUAGUUUGAUUAUUUGUCUCGUGGCAGAUACCCAUGUUUGAGGAAGGCUAAUAACUUGGUGUUAAAGAAAACAUUUGUUUAUAUAUAUAAUUUUUAUUGGUUUUUACACGUUUUCCAAACGUAACUUCCCAUUUUAAACAACAUAACGAACCUUUGGCUAUCACAGCCUAGGACUUCCAUCAAACUCAACUGAUGGUUUUCUAACUUCCUUUCUAAUUUUGCAUUUUAUUAUUAUAAUUAUUGCUAUAAAGUCCAAAUCCUAAAUAAACUCCUUCUUAGUCCUCUUUCGCAAUAAUUCAUAUCGUUCUCCUUACAAAACUUCUUGUAACCCUACAAGUGAUGCCAAUUGAUUACAAUUGUCUUUCAAAUAUAUCAUGAAUUUCUUCUAGUCCUUCAGGAAAGUCUGGUCUUGCUGGUUCCGAAUUUUCCCAGUUAAUUUCGCCAACUUGGCAUAAUCCAUCAAUUUCAUAUGCCACUCUUCUUUUGUUGGUAAUUCUUCCAGCUUCCAUCGCUGGGCUAACAGUAUCCUUGCUGCAGUUGUCGCAUAUAAAAACAAUUUUUAUCACACUUAUGAAUCUCUGUACGUACAAUACCAAGUAAAAGGGCUUUUAGGCUGUUUUUUUAACAAAUGUAUAUUUCAACAUUUUAAAAAUCUCAUUAUAAAACAUUUCCCAGAAGUUCUUCACUUUCUUAAAUUCCCACCACAUAUGGUAAAAAGUACCUUCUUUUUCCUUACAUUUCCAACAUUUAUUAUUUGUUUCAUACAAUUUAGCUAAUUUCACUGUUUAAUUUGUUUCAUACAUUUUAGCUAAUUUCACUGGUGUUAUAUACCAUCUGUUCAUCUUUUUCAUUAUAUUUUCCUUUAAAGCACUGCAGGCAGUAAAAUUUAUUCCCUCCAUAAUUUUCCCCAAUCUUCUAAUUGUAUAUUAUGACCAGUAUCUUUAGCCCAAUGUUAAAUAAAAUAUUUGGGCUCACCCCUCCUGCCACUCUUAGUCAAAAUAUCUUCCAAAGCCCUGGAAGAUUCCUUCUCCCAUAUGCUGCUCCUCCCCACCCCAGUGUGCACACAACAGUUUGAAAGCCUUGAAUCUCCUUAAUGUAACAGGUCUAAGUAAGCAAAACGUGUUGCAUGGGCACAUAUUUUGCUUAAAAGAGGAUGGCAAAUCCUAAAUCACAGUCUAGAGGAGAAAACAAACAGUAUCCAAAUCUACAUUUUAUUUUCCCCAGAUGUAAAGUGGGUCAAGCCGAUUUAAAAUGGCACCAGGGGAGGAUUUUGAGUCCUGGGCGUGGGAGGGUUUCUCACUCACUUUUUAUAAUAAAAAAGCACCCUCCCUCAAGCUGGAGAAGACCACCAGCGAUCACGAUGAGUUGUAGCCAGUAUAGCUCUAAGUGAAGAUUUUGUCAGCACACGGAUUUCUGCUUGUACAACAUUCCCCUCUGUCCUGCCCACAUGCACCCCCUCAAUCGGUUCUUCGGGUUUCCCUCAACCCUAUGGAGCAGAUCUGAGGAGAUUUGCAGCAUGUACAGGCAGAUUAAAGGGGAGGAAGGUCCCAUUGCAGAAGGGGAAAUCCUUGCAUGGAUGGGAUGAAUUAGUUCCAUAUUGGCCAAGUCUAGCAAGUAGUUUUGCCUUUCAGUAUUUACUUGUGUAUUCUCUGAAAUUAUUAUAUAAAUGCAUUUGUGUAGUAUAUCAUACCCACUCUGAUUUUGGCAUGCUGAAUUUUGUGGCAUUUUUAGGGUUGGGGUUGAUGGACUUUUUGGCUGCUUUCAACUCUGGUAUUGAAUCUACUCAGUGCAGUUUCCUCUAAAAGCUUGUCUCUGAAAUGUGUUUUUAGGAGAUGACACUUCCUUUAAGAGAAGCAAAUGAGGCAAUGAGUGCCCUGCAAGCAGAAUGUGAUCAGUAUAGGACCAUUCUUGCAGAGACAGUAAGUGAAAUUGUUUAUAUUACAUUGAGUCCAGUUGACUGGGUACUGCUCAGAAAAGUUGUUUUCCCGUAAGGGCCAUUGUUUCAGUACUUUGCUUGUCCUGGGUAUUAUGUACUGAAGUUCUCACCCUGGGCCAGCAGGAGGAUACUGUAGAUAGUUCAGGUCCACAUAUGCAAAUAAGGGAUCGAAAGUGACAUUCAGUGGUUGGAUAGUUACAGAAAGUGGUUACUGUUGCGUUGUAGUGGAGCUCUAUAUAAGCAGGCUGGCUGAACCCUUCACUUCAGUUCUGUUCUGGCCUGUGAAUAAACAAGAGCUGUAUGAAGAAUCGCUGUGUUGUCUGAUAUGUUCACCCACAACUUAACACUGGGAUAGAUGCCACUUUUGGACAUUCUACUCUAUAAGAGACCUGUUCUGCUCCAGAGGAAGAACUGAGGAGAAAGAGAUUUUCUGCAAGCAAUAGCUUUUCCACCUGUCUUGCCCCACCCUCCAGCCCCGGGAGCCUUUCCCAGACUAUGACUCUGAAAACAGCAGAAACAACCUGGAAGAAAGGAGUUCAGGGAUAGUUUUCUCGGAACAACGGAUGUGAUUAAUUAUUCUGUGUUUAACAGUUUUUAAGUUGUUAGUUUUUCCAAGUUCUGGAACUGAGCAGUCUCUUGCUCAAGAUUUGCAGAGCUAGUGGCAAGAGGACCAACUCAUCUAAUGAGGAGAAUGAACUUCAAAUGUAAAGUCCUUUCUAUUCUCAGUUGUGUUUUCAUGCUUUGUUUCUCAAAACUAGGAAAGGAUGCUCAAAGACUUGCAGAAGAGCGUGGAGGAGGAGGAGCAGGUGUGGAAAGCGAAGCUGGUUGCAUCUGAAGAAGCACUUCAGAAGGUACUUGCCGAAGGAGAGUGUGUGUAUUCGCGUGCAUGCUUUAGAGUUGUUACCGAAACCACUUUCUCCUUGUGACCAGUAUGAGCACUUCACUGUGCAAGGAAGGUGUUUGAUCAGGUCAACCAUCACUUUCCACUGUGCAGCGCAGAGGUGAUGGUGAAAUAUCUCAUUGGUUCACCCCUCUGCCAACGAUAUUAUUCCAUGUCCAAAAAUUAGGCACUUCCCCUCAGGCGGUUUAGAUAAUGGAGGUGAACGUGUGUAGCUUUUUCAGUUAUGUGUUAAGGAAGAACUGCCUGAGAUCUAUGGGUGAAGGGCAGUAUAUAAAUUUAAUUAAUUAGUAAUGAUGAUGAUGAUAAUAAUACACAGCUGGAAAUUCUCUACUUGCAACUUCACUUUCAGCCGAUAGCCCUUAGGUGUUUUGCCUUGUUGAGCCCAAGGCAUGUAAGCAGAACUCUAGAUGGCAUAUCUGUGCCAAGAUAUCUCUCAAGUGAAAAUAUUAACGGUAAAUGCUAUACACUAAUGCUCUAAUUUCUGGUCCCUUGGGUGUGGGAAAUGCUUCAUUUAGUCCCAGGACCAAAUGAAAUCUCUUGAAGAUGAUGUGGAGAAGUUAAAGAUGGAACUUCAGAAUACAGACAAGGUAUGGAAGCAUUCCAAGACUCCAGAAGGAAAGUACAUGAAAAAUUUGAAAAUGGGGCAUUUUACCUCUUUCCUUUAGACUGUGGGACAUGAAAUUGGCUAACGCAGAGCAAGCCCAAAGCAUGACUGGGAUGGGGAAUCCCAACCCAGCCUUUCCUUAAGAGGAGGGAGGGUUUCUUGUGGUGUCCAGGAAUGUAUAAGUAUGAUCCCAAUGCAAAUUUUCUGGUAUAAGGGGGAAAUGUGAUCUUAACAGCUUCCUGUUGUUCUCCCUGCCCCCCACUUUUUUAACAGCUGAAAGAAUACACCUCUCUUUUGGAAGCACAGCUGGAAAAUCACUUGGCAACAGCCAACUCCGAACGUCAGAAUUACAUGAAAGAAGUUGAGCAUGUAAGUGUUUGUGAGACAUUUGAGUUCUUAGGGAAAGAUCAUGAUUUGGAGAAUUGGUGGCUGAAAAGGUUAAGGAAAUAAUCAUGUGGUGUCCGCGAAGAAAAGUAGAUGCACCUUUUCAAGCUCGUGGUAAAGGAAUAGGCAUUCUUUUGAGUUACAGAGGACUAUUCUGUGAUUCAGCAGAAAGUGUUCACAGGUUCAGUGUGGGGGAAAAUAGUAAAAGGGAUUUGCCAUUUCAUAAUCUAGACCCCUGAUUGUUAAAACACUUCUUUGAAUGCAGUCCUACUGGGUGAAUAGAAUCUUUAUUGACUUUUGCUUUGAUUUUAAGUUGCAUUGAUGGCUUAACAAUCAAAUGAGAAGUCAAGUUAUAGAUCUCAAAUAUUAACACAAAAAGUUGUGUUUGUCCUCUUUCAUAACACUUGAAUUUCCACGGAAGCUGAAUGUUGGGAGAGUCAUGACAGAUGAAAAAAGUGAUUCUUCACACAGUUAAACUAUGAAACUUGGUCCCACACUAAGCAGUGUUGGCCACCAACCCUGAUGGCUCUAAAAGAGAAUUGGACAAAUUGAUGGGCAUAAGGUUAUUGAAGGCUACUGGCUACGGUGGCUGUUCUCUGCCUCUACAGUUCCAAAUUCCAGUUGCUGGAAACCACAAGAGGGUUCUUUUGCUUCAAUCCAGCUACUGGUUUCCCACAGGUUUUGGCCACUGUGAGAACAUGAUGCAGGUUCUCAUUAGAUUCUUAGGUUGUCUGUUCUUGGAAAACCAAGAUCAUGGAAGAGGGAGGGUGUGGCGAUCACACAGGGCCCCCGGAGGUUUGACAGUCUAUUGACCCUGUGCCACCACUGUGAUUGCCUUCUUCGCUGCCACCACCCCGCUUCUCACAGGGACACACGGAGUCCAGACAGUUGUUAACAUUAACAAAUAAUCAAAUUUAUUUUUAAAUGCAGGGACAAGCUUAUGGUUUCAAUUAAUUUUUCUUGUCAGUUUCUUAAAUCUUAGUUCCUAACAACUUCAAACUGAUUAGUCCCAACUAUCUAUCUUACUCCACCUGACAAUUCCUCUCACUCUCUCCCAAUACAACUCUACCAACCCACACCUAAUCCUCCCUCUUCCUUCUCCAAUUCCCAAACCUCAACUCCCAAACCUCCACUCUAACUUUUACUCCCCCCUUGCAUUCUCACUGGCCAAUCACAUCACACCCAUUUUAACCCUUUCCUUAUUACCCAUCCUAGGAGGCAAACGCCACAGAGGGUUUGAAGCACAGUGUGCAGAACUAAGUGCUUAAAUAGAAAGCAUGUUCUGUUGUCAGGAAAUCCUCAGAAAUACAAGAAAAUAUUUAAUUAAAAAUUGUUGUUGUUGUUGUUUAAAAGAAAUAAAUCAUUAAGUUUAACCCUGAUGGAUACCAUAAAGUAUCACACUGGAUGGAGGAGAAAUCUGUUGUAAAUGGAUUUAUGCAUGGAAUUUUAUGCGACUGAGCUUUGUUUGCAUCAGACUGCCUCCUGUAUUGAGCUCCUGCUUCUGUUAACCACUGAUACAAUUUGUUUUUUAAAAGCCUAAGUACUAUAUUAAUACUAAACAUAGAAAAGAGUCAAGCUCUAUGCCUUGCCAUAUUUCUGCAACAUAACUGAGGGCAGCUGAUUUGCAUUAGAGUCAACAUCAGUCACAUUUUUGAGCCGCAGCUCAACAUUUUCUGCAUUUUUCAGCUCAGUGGCAGAGCUGAGUUCACUGUUGAGACGCUUGCUCUGUGCUGAGCCCGACUAGGCAGAUAGAAACUUUAUUUGCAUUAGCCACUAGCCAUAGCAAUAAGAUAAGAUAUACUGGGGAUAGAGCUAAAUAGCUAGCUAUACAAAAUACAUUCUAGAGGUUUAAAGGUAAAGGGACCCCUGACCAUUAGGUUCAGUCAUGACCGACUCUGGGGUUGCGGUGCUCAUCUCGCUUUUUUGGCCGAGGGAGCCGGCAUACAGCUUCCAGGUCAUGUGGCCAGCAGGACUAAGCCGCUUCUGGCGAACCAGAGCAGCGCACGGAAACGCCAUUUACCUUCCCACCGGAGCGGUACCUAUUUAUCUACUUGCACUUUGAUGCGCUUUCGAACUGCUAGGUUGGCAGGAGCAGGGACUGAGCAACGGGAGCUCACCUCGUCGCGGAGAUUUGAACCACGACCUUCUGAUCGGCAAGUCCUAGGCUCUGUGGUUUAACCCACAGCACCACCCGUGUCCCUUUUAGAGGUUUACAUCAAUACAAAACAGACUUAAGGUUCAGCACAAACUGAACCUGCAUGGUGAAAACCAUGAGCACUGAAAGAACACAGACAAGCAGUGACCCCAUCCUUAGUUAUAUGGUCGCAGAAGGUUAUGGCUCUUCAUCUUCAAAUAAACGCUGUUUAUAUACUAAGGCAGGCAUAGGCAAACUUGGCCCUCCAGAUGAUUUGGAACUACAACUCCCAUCAUCCCUAGCUAACAGGACCAGUGGUCAGGGAUGAUGGGAAUUGUAGUCUCAAAACAUCUGGAGGGCCGAGUUUGCCUAUGCCUGUACUAAGGCACUGCAAUUGUGUCUCUGUGUGUUUUAGCUGAGACAACUGUUAUCUGAAUCCCAAGAACACCUGGACUCAAGAAAAACAGAAGCACUCAAAAAAGCCCAGGAGCUGGCUCAGGUAAAUGAUUACAUCAAGACAGAGUUUCCUCGUUGUUGUCAAUAGGAUAGUAAAACUUAUAGGCCACGGGUAAACCUCAAGCCCACAUAACAAUAUUUGAAGUCACUUCGCCACUGAUGUCAAGAUUGGGGGCUCUUAAUUUGGAGGUCUUGCAACUGCCACAAGUUAUUGUGUUAACAAUAGCAAGUUUGUUUUCACUGGUGUGUGUUGACAGUCCUAUAAAGAAACACAAGCCUCAGCCAAGUCGGUUUGGGUUCCAUACAAAAAAUAAAAUAAAAUAAACCCUGUCCACAGGAAACUAGUAUGUGAAUUUAUUCUCAAGCUCUUCACAUAGACAUUUUGGGCUAAACCACACAUUAUGCUUUAUGCUUUAUGCAUAGCAUAUAGCAGUGUCUCUUGAUUUUUUCCUUUCAUUGCUGGCAUAGAGUCAAUUUCUUCUUGAGAUUACUGAGAGGAAGAUUCAUCCCUUCACAUACCAGCCAAGAUUAGGCCGAAAACCUCUCCUCACUUUGUCUGCACCAAGAGCUUUCUCUGGUGUGUUUCUAACACACACACACACACACACACACACACACACUGCGGCUGUGCGAUUUAGGGGACAAUCAGUAGCAGGAGGGGAGCUAAUAGAUAAGUAACACAUUUAUGAGAUAUUGUGCCCCAUACUUGGAAAAACUAAAUUUCCGUUAUAUUACAAAGAGGUCCUUGUCCCAAUGUACUUUUCAUUAACAUUUCCUGCUUCCAAAUCAGCACAGCUAUUUGCAUGGGGUCUAAUCAAUACCCACAAUUACUGCUUGUACCAUACUGGAGUGGCUUUGUUUUGUGUGCCCCUCUGGAUGGUUUUCAGUUCAGUAUUAGAAGUUUAGCUUUGUAUGUGGUUUUGGACAAUGGUUUCAAUACUGGAUCUUUAAACGGGCCUGACAUUUUCAGUGUUUAAUGCACCAGGUUUGACCACAUUUUAUUAGCAUCAUUAGUGUAAUAAAAAUAUUCUAGAUGAAGUUUUAUGUGUUUAUGAUCCGCCUUCCAAUGCCUGUCCUGAGAAGUUUCCAGCUUGAUAAGUCUCUUUUUUAUUAAAGUGUUUGUUAAUUCGGCUCUUCAAGAGUGCAGCUGAUUUAAACUUCAACUUUUUUUGAAAUUCAAGGCUCAGGACUUGGUGCGCAGCUUGCAGGCUGAACUGGAGAAGCUAAAACUUGGUGGAAAUGAGGCUGCCAAGGAAGAUGUUUUGCGGCUCCAGGUAAGGCUUCUACCACUGGGUUGCUUUAGGCAGAGGGAGGAACAAGGCAGAGAUGUGGGAACUCAACACUGAAUUCCACCUCCUUGGAAAUACCACAAUUAUUCAAAUAAUUGUUUGUUUGUUUGUUUGUUUGUUUUGCCAACUGAAGGAAACACUAGAGAAGGAGAAGAAGUUAACAAAGGACUUGGGAUGUGCAGCUACCAAACUAAAAGAGCUUUUGCAAGUCACCCAAGAGCAGCUGGCCAAGGAAAAAGACACAGUGGUAAAACUGCAAGAACAGCUCAAGGAAACGGUACUUGAAUUCCUUCUCUUUCCUUGACUCAUCUGCCCACAUUAACCUGGCAUUGUCUCCUAUUGGAAGAAGAAACAAUUUUUGGUACUGAAGAACGUGGAGGGCAGCACUAAACAUUGUUAAAAAUAUAGGGCUUCAGUUGACUGUGGUAGCCCAGCAACUGCUCUCCCCCCCCCCAUUGCUUUCUGCAACAUGAGAUAUAAUUUGUACAAUGUAGUAAGAUCAGAGCAUGCAGAUAAGCGCAUGAUGUAUUAUGCAAGAGGAGGGGGGAUUGUACAACUCAGAAACCCCGAAAUUCCUACAUUAAUUUUGUCUCUGUAAGACCUCAGUAUAAACCGCAUUUGAAUUCCUCACAUCUGUAAUCUUAAUUUACAAGGUUUCUUAAAAAAAAAUUCUGUUCUGACAAGCUGCUUCUUGAAAACUGUUUAGAACACAAAGUGCAAUAACUUACUUUUCAUUCUGCUUCAGGGAGAAAAUGAAGACGUUGCCAAGGAAGGCACAUCCGUUUGACCAAACCGAAAUCCAGGACAUGUUUUUCACCAUAUGAAAUGCCUUAACACUUUCCUAAACUAUGCACUUGUUUAAUGUAGGGAGAAGCAAAAGAAAUAAAGAAAGGAAAAAGACACUAUUGACCAGAAAUUGCUUUAGUGUUGUUGUUUUUUUAAAGAAUAAAAGUAAACUGUGCAAGAACCCAUUAAUAAACACACUCUUUGACUAUGUUGUAAAAACUGCAAUAAUUCCAGGAAAAACUGUGGGCCAUGAGGAGGAACCCGGUAGCUUUGGAAUCAUGCCUGAUCAAUGGGGUGAUUGCCACCAUCAAAAUGGCCUUGAAAAUUGUGUGAAAUGCUAUUAAGACAAACAUGGCUUGGGUAAUCUCAUAGAUUCAUCGUGAAACCCCAUCCAUUGCCUGGGAAGCAUUUGAUGAAGUUACGUGUGGCUAUAAGCAGCCUGCCUACACAAUCACGGCAGUUUGUCUCUAUGUGAACACCUUGCAACAUCUGGGAGAGGACAUCACGUGUCGCUAUUGCUUGCAAGGGACAGUCAAACACCAUUCCAAAGGCAGGCUGCGGCCACAUUCUGAAUACUGGAAUCUCUUCCAGAAGCAGGCAACCCUUCUGUUUCCCACCUGUGUUCCAGGAAGGCUGGGACUCCGUCUUCUUAAAGGCUCCUUACUAUCCUAGUUGCUGAAGCACAAACAAGUUACAGGUGCUACUGUCAUGCCCUGUUUGUGGGCUUCUCCCAAACAGCUGGUUGAUCGCAAUUAAAAACGGGAUUCUGCGCCUAGCUUGAGUAGAGGUAUUAAAUUUUUAAGAAGAUUAGUAAUGGCAGCUUCCCUAAUAUUCUCUGGCAGCGCACAGCACACAUGAAAACAUGGAGCGUGUUCAUAGUUUGACUUAACAUUAGAGCCCAACAGGACUGCUUUGUGCUGAACGUCAGCUGUGUGUGCAGUCCAGAAUACAGCGGUACCUCAGGUUAAGUACUUAAUUCGUUCCGGAGGUCCGUUCUUAACCUGAAACUGUUCUUAACCUGAAGCAGCACUUUAGCUAAUGGGGCCUCCAGCUGCUGCUACGCCGCCGGAGCACAAUUUCUGUUCUCAUCCUGAAGCAAAGUUCUUAACCUGAAGCACUAUUUCUGGGUUAGCGGAGUCUGUAACCUGAAGCAUAUGUAACCUGAAGCGUAUGUAACCUGAGGUACCACUAUAUACCCUAUGGCAGUGGUUUUCAACUCUUUUGAGUCCACAGCUCCCUUGACCAAACACGUUCUUUCUGUGGCACCCCGGUGAGAGCCACUUACACUGGGGUUCCCCCAUUCUGCCGCUGCCCCGUUCCACCCCGCCCCCUUUCAGCGCCGGUUUUGGCGCGCGUGUAAGUGGGAGCGCAUGCGAAGAUGGGAACCCAAGCAACACCACUGCUUUGCAGGACUGAGCUGAAGCAAUCCACAUGGUAGCGCCUUUCCUGAAAUUAGUGUACACAAUGGAGGUGGAGAGAGCAAAACAAGAUAAAGCGUGCUGCCAACACAGAAUGGGCUGUUAUAACGCCUCUUCGUCCAAUUACCGUAUUUUUCACUCUAUAAGAUGCACUUUUUCCCUCCUUACACAAAAGGGAAAAUGUGUGUGCAUCUUAUGGAGCGAAUGCAGGCUGCGCGGCUAAGCCAGAACAGGGAGAGGGAGCGCUGCGCAGCGCUCCGUCUUGCUGUUCUGGCUUCUGGGACAGCCUGUGAAGCCUCUGGAGAGCAGCGGGGUGCCUUUAUCCCACUGCCCUCCGGAGGCUUUGCGGGCUGUCCCAGAAGCCUCCUCAGGACACGGGGAUGAAGGCUCCCCAUGCCCUGCGGAGGCUUCGCGCAAAGCUAGACCAGCUCUAGCUAUUCUGGCUUUUGGAUAGCCCCUGCGAAGCCUCUGUAGGGCAGCAGGACGAAGGCUCCCUGCUGCCCUGCGGAGGCUUCGCGCGGCUCUUGUGGGAAGUGGGGGGAAGGGACAGAGCGUGCGACUCAUGUCUCUUCCCCCACCUCCCAGAAAAGCCCCCAAGAACCGCACUCCCUUUAAAAAGCACACGGUUCUUGCGGGAGAUGGGGGAAGGUACAGAGGGCAGCUUACCCGCGCGCAGCCUCUUCCGGCCAGGGGGAGCCUUCAUCUCGCUACCCGGGAGAGGCUUCAGUGGCUAUCCCAGAAGCCAGAUCCCUCUUGCUGUUCUGGCUUCUGGGAUUCAGAAUUUUUUCCCCUUGUUUCUUCCCCCCCAAACUAUGUGCGUCUUAUCGUCUGGUGCGUCCUAUGGAGCAAAACAUACGGUACUUUGUCCCUUUGUAUUUCGUAGUGUGCCUGCCCAGUUUGAUAAUGGAGUGAGAAAUGUUCUGGGUGAAAUGUGUGCUGUCCAAUUAAAAACAGAAUUUAUACAUCCAACUACAAUUAUUUGUGCAUCCAGCUCGUAUUGGAGCUUUGGAUCUGUAAUGCUUUUUUAAAAAACACAAAAACACAAGCAAACCUAAGAGCUGCCAAAGACAGAAAUACAUUGCUGCUUUGCAUUGCAAAGCACAUUCAAGAAUAUUGUGGCAUUGCAUUGGAAGAAAUUACGCAAAUUCCCUGAAUAAACAGCUGCCUCCUUAAGUAAUCACAGUUCCAGAGAAAUCAAGUGUAGAGGAAUUUGCUGUGUAUUUUUGUAAUUCUGAAUGAUAACUUGUAACCACAGAAGAGCUCCCAAGGUCUCUCAGUCCAUGGUGAUGCAACUUCUGCCAGCCAACAAGCCCAGAUAAAUGCAUUAUGUGCUAUUUCAUCAGUACAUGGGAAAAUAUGAGUUUGUACUAUCCAGAUGUAAUGGGGCUGCUAUAAACAGCUUAUUGAGGAGGGAAAUGCCUCUUUAUUUGAGGAUAUGAUUAGCACAUUGGUUAGCCUUCAGCUAUGAAUUGCCAGAAAUGUGCCGGAAGCAGCUCUUCCUGGGAAGCUGAAGCCUGCAGAGCACAUCCUUUCAGAAAAGUCCUCUGCCUUGAUAUCUGAAGUUAUUUUUAUAUUAUAGUCAACAUUUCGGAACUACAGACAGACUUCUCCCUGCUCAGAUAGUUUGGAUCUAUUUUGCUCUGGCCAAACUGCAGUGAUGUAGUGUAAGCCUCUGAAUAAUAAAAUAAAUAAACAACAAAAGGGGAAAAAACCCCACAAGUUUCCUAAAAAACCCCUGCUGGCUGCUGAACCAUUGCAGUGAAAGAAUUUAAAGUUGAUUGGCUGCAUUUUCCUUCAAAAUUACAAACGCGAAGUGCUUUGUAUGUCAGCGUCGCAUUUUCUUCGCUUUUUGUUUUCAGUAUAAACUCUUGUUUUCGCAGCUGAUCGUGUGUCUUCUCGUGGUGGAAACGCGCGUGUUGACCUCUAGAUCCAAACACACACACAUACAGAGAGAGCACACACGUGUCAUAAGCAAGCGGUCCUUGCCUUUUAAAUUGUUCCAUCCUUAACAAAAGCCCCUGUUUCCAGAAUGUUAGAGUGAUGUUGGAUCGAAAAUAAGUGGUUUCCAGCUGUACAGGUUAAAGUUAUUGAUAGACUAAGAUUAAAGAUUAGGAUUAAAGAUGUUUAAGGAAAUGGAAAUUUGGUACUUAAGAGGUAAAAUUUUAAUGCUAUAUUACAUUAAGAUUAAAGAUUAGGAUUAAAGAAGUUUAAGUGUUAUAUAUUAUAUUAAGAUUAAAGAUUGGGAUUAAAAAAGUGGAAAAGAAAUUGCUGGACAAACAAUUUGGACUGGAAUACAAAAGAGGGAGGUAUGAGGAAGUCCAGAAAAUAAGUAAAUUCAAAAAUGGAAAUGGAAAAGUGAUAUUGUUUUUAAUUGUUCUGUUUUUUUUGUUUCUUUUGUAUUUUGUUGUUUGUGUUUUUCUUUUCUUUCUGGAUUAUGUAUUGUGUAUUUUUGUACUUCUAUUUCUAUGUUUUUCUGUUUAACUUUUUAUUGAAACCUUAAUAAAAAUCAUUUAAAAAAUAAACAAAAUAACAAAAGCCCCUGUUUCCUAAAUAAAUAAAUCAGCUUUCUUUUCUUUUUUCAAGUGAAUUUCCCCGGAUUUCAUCUUUUUUUUUUGCGAGCCGCCUCCUUGAGGUUCAUCUGAAAGCAGGAAAGCGGCGUCUGAACCGUACGGAAUAAACCCGCGAAUAAAACCCGCGGUCGGAAUCCCUCCGCGCUCGACCGGCGGAGAGGGGCGGGGCUUAUCCAGGCCCCUCCCCCUCGGCCCCCCUCGGCCAAUCGCGAGAGGCGGCCGGGGCUCGUCGUCGUCUCCGUCGUCGCGCUGCUCCUGCUCGGCGGGCGCCACAGGUGCCCCUUCGGAGGCCUCGCUCGGCAGGCGGGCCGCGGGGCUUCGGCCUGGCUAUGGCGGCGGCGGCCUGGUCGGCCUCCCCGUGAGGCGGCGGCGGCGGCGGCGGCGAGGUGAGCGCUCUGAGGGGAGAAGGGCCUCGCCGCGAGGGAAGCCGGCGCCGGGGCCUCGUCUCCCUCCGCGCCGCCGGGCAGGAGCAGCGCCCGUAGCCGGAGAACCGGCGCGGGGGAGCGGACUCUGGAGCCGCCCUGGAAGCGGCGCGGCGAGGCGAAGGUGCCUCUCCCCCCCCCGGGGGGGCGGCACUGGCGGGGUGGGGGGUGCGGAGCCUCUCGGGGUCCCUGUUUUUGAUUAGACCCUGAAACGUCCCGCUUUCCCUUCAGACAACGUCCCUCUUUCCAUCAGAGAAAUGUUGAAGGGACGCCAGGAUGCGACCCUCUAGCCACCUGAAGGCAGCCCCGUAUAGGGAACUUUUCAAAUGUUUUAUUACGUUUUUAAAGAUGUGGGAAGCUGCCCAGAGUGUGUGGGGCAACCCAGUAUUUUAUUAUUAUAUUUAUUAUUAUUAUUAUUAUUAUUAUUAUUAUUAGAGUAGGAGGUCCCUAUUUCCAUCAGGCAGCCCCGUAUAGGGAACUUAUCAAAUGUUUUAUUAAGUUAAAUAGUAUUUUAUUAUUAUUAUUAUUAUUAUUAGAGUAGGAGGUCCCUAUUUCCAUCAGAGAAAUGUUGAAGGGACGCCAGGAUGCGACCCUCUAGCCACCUGAAGGCAGCCCCGUAUAAGGAACUUUUCAAAUGUUUUAUUAAGUUAAAUAGUAUUUUAUUAUUAUUAUUAUUAUUAUUAUUUGAGUAGGAGGUCCCUAUUUCCAUCAGAGAACUUUUCAAAUGUUUUAUUAAGUUAAAUAGUAUUUUAUUAUUAUUAUUAUUAUUAGAGUAGGAGGUCCCUAUUUCCAUCAGAGAAAUGUCGAAGGGACGCCAGGAUGCGACCCUCUAGCCACCUGAAGGCAGCCCCGUAUAAGGAACUUUUCAAAUGUUUUAUUACGUUUUUGUAGAUGUGGGAAGCUGCCCAGAGUGUGUGGGGCAACCCAGUCAGAUGGGGGUGGGUAUAAAUAGUAGUAUUUUUAUUAUUAUUAUUAUUAUUAUCAGAGUAGGAGGUCCCUAUUUCCAUCAGGGAAAUGAUGAAGGGACAUGGGGAUGUGAUCCUCUAGCCACCUGAAGGCAGCCCCAUAUAAGGAACUUUUCAAAUGUUUUAUUAAGUUAAAUAGUAUUUUAUUAUUAUUAUUAUUAUUAUUCGAGUAGGAGGUCCCUAUUUCCAUCAGAGAAAUGUCGAAGGGACGCCAGGAUGCGACCCUCUAGCCACCUGAAGGCAGCCCCGUAUAAGGAACUUUUCAAAUGUUUUAUUACGUUUUUAAAGAUGUGGGAAGCUGCCCAGAGUGUGUGGGGCAACCCAGUCAGAUAGGGUGGGUAUAAAUAGUAGUAUUUUAUUAUUAUUAUUAUUAGAGUAGGAGGUCCCUAUUUCCAUCAGAGAAAUGUUGAAGGAUGCAGGGAUGCGACCCUCUAGCCACCUGAAGGCAGCCCCAUAUAAGGAACUUUUCAAAUGUUUUAUUAAGUUAAAUAGUAUUAUUUUAUUAUUAUUAUUAUUAUUAUUAUUAUUUGAGUAGGAGGUCCCUAUUUCCAUCAGAGAAAUGUCGAAGGGACGCCAGGAUGCGACCCUCUAGCCACCUGAAGGCAGCCCCGUAUAAGGAACUUUUCAAAUGUUUUAUUACGUUUUUAAAGAUGUGGGAAGCUGCCCAGAGUGUGUGGGGCAACCCAGUCAGAUAGGGUGGGUAUAAAUAGUAGUAUUUUUAUUAUUAUUAUUAUUAUUAUCAGAGUAGGAGGUCCCUACUAAGGAACUUUUCAAAUGUUUUAUUAAGUUAAAUAGUAUUUUAUUAUUAUUAUUAUUAUUAUUAUUAUUAUUAGAGUAGGAGGUCCCUAUUUCCAUCAGAGAAAUGUUGAAGGACACAGGGAUGCGACCCUCUAGCCACCUGAAGGCAGCCCCAUAUAAGGAACUUUUCAAAUGUUUUAUUAAGUUAAAUAGUAUUUAUUAUUAUUAUUAUUAUUAUUAUUAUUAUUAUUAUUAUUAUUAUUGUAGGAGGUCCCUAUUUCCAUCAGAGAAAUGUUGAAGGACGCAGGGAUGCGACCCUCUAGCCACCUGAAGGCGGCCCCGUAUAAGGAACUUCUCAAAUGUUUUAUUAAGUUAAAUAGUAUUUUAUUAUUAUUAUUAUUAUUAUUAGCGUAGGAGGUCCCUAUUUCCAUCAGAGAAAUGUUGAAGGGAUGCCAGGAUGCGACCCUCUAGCCACCUGAAGGCAGCCCCGUAUAAGGAACUUUUCAAAUGUUUUAUUAAGUUAAAUAGUAAUUAUUAUUAUUAUUAUUAUUAUUAUUAGAGUAGGAGGUCCCUAUUUCCAUCAAAGAAAUGAUGAAGGGACGUGGGGAUGCGACCCUCUAGCCACCUGAAGGUAGCCCCGUAUAGGGAACUUUUCAAAUGUUUUUGUGGGGCAACCCAGUCAGAUGGGGGUGGAUAUAAAUAGUAAAAUUAUUAUUGUUGUUGUUGAAUUUCCAUCAGAGAAAUGUUGGAAGGUUUGCAGGGACGCGACCCCCAAGCAUCUGAAGGAAGGCCCGUAUAGGGAACUUUUCAAAUGUUUUAUUACGUUUUUAUGGAUGUGGGAUGCUGCCCAGAGUGUGUGGGGCAACUCAGUCAGAUGGGGGUGGGUAUAAAUAGUAGUAUUUAUUAUUAUUAUUUGAGUAGGAGGUCCCAAUUUCCAUCAGAGAAAUGUUGGAAAGUGUGCAGGGAUGCAACCCCCGAGCAUCUGAACUUUUCAAAUUUUUUAUUUUGUUUUUUAUAGAUGUGGGAAGCUGCCCAGAGUUUAUGGGGUAAACCCAGUCAGGUGGGGAGGGUAAAAAUAUUAUUAUUGUUGUCUUAUUGUUGUUGUUAUUGCUAUUAUUUGAAUAGGACAUCCCGAUUUUCAUCAGAAAAAUGUUGGAGGGUAUGUGGUUGGGAAGGGGAUAGUGGGGGGCCAUGGCUGGGGACCCCUGCCCCUGUGUGAAGAUCUGGCCCCAUACAAAUCCGUGGGGCAACAAGCAUGUGGAAUGCUGUGCUCAUGUUUCUCUCCAAAAGGGGGGUGGGACUGGGGCCAGCCUUGGGAAAAGUGCCCAGAUGAUCAGGGCCCAGAGCAUCUCCCCUGUGGUGGAAAGGGAGUAGCAAUCUGGACCUUUUUAGUUUAUACAAAAGGUGACUGAGGCAGAGCAUGGUAGAGGUUGGGGGCAUUAUGGUGUGGAGAAACUUGGGUAGAAGACUGACAGCAGACAAGAAAGUACUGUGAACAAAUAUAUGAAAUGUACAGCACAACAGAAACUUAACACGUAAAGCCAAAAUCACAUAUAGCUAAAAUGCAAUGGGUGCAAUCGCAGCUGGAAUUGCCAGUUUGGUUUUUUGGGAUGUCCACCCAGUUUUUGCCUCCCUUCAUUUUUCUUGCAAAAAAAAUUAAAGCUGAAAGUUCACGAGUUAAAUGCACAUGAUUUGCAGGUCUGCUGUAUUGUCACAGGAAGUGGUGGGGACCACUAGCUUACAUUUUUAAACGAUAAUAAUAAUUUAUUAUUUAUACCCUGCCCAUCUGGCUGGGUUUCCCCAGCCAUCUAGGCAGGUUACAGCAUAUAUAAAAACAUAAUAAAAAGAUCAAACAUUAAAAACCUCCCGAUACAGGCUGCCUUCAGAUGUCUUCUAAAAGUUGUGUACAGUUGUACCUUGGCUCCCGAACGCCUUGGGAGUCGAACAUUCUGGCUCCUGAAUGAUUACAACUGGAAGUGAGUGUUCCGGUUUUUGAACGUUCUUUUGGAAGCCAAACGUCUGAUGGGGCUUCUGUAGCUUCCGAUUGGCUGCAGGAGCUUCCUACAACCAAUCAGAAGACAUACUUUGGUUUCUGAACGUUUCAGAAGUCAAACAGACUUCCGGAAUGGAGUCCAUUCGACUUCCGAGAUACGACUAGUUCUUUAUCUCCUUGACAUCUGAUGAGAGGGCGUUCUACAGGAAGGGUGCCACUGCUGAAAAGGCCCUCCGCCUGAUUCCCUAGAACUUCACUAAUUGCAGUGAGGGAACCAGCAGAAGACCCUUGGAGGAGGACCUCAGUGAAUGAUAGGGGUGGAGACGCUCCUUCAGAUAUACUGAACCGAGGCCAGAAACACACUGGGAGCCAAUGAAGAUCCUUUAGGACUGGUGUUAUAUGGUUCUAGUGGCCACUUCCAAUCAUCAGUCUAGCUGCCGCUUUCUGGAUUAGUUGUAGUUUCCAAGUCACCUUCAAAGGUAGCCCCACAUAGAGUGCAUUGCAGUAGUCCAAGCGGGAGAUAACCAGAGCAUGCACCACUCUGGCGAGACAGUCCUCGGGCAGGUAGGGUCUCAGCCUGUGUACCAGAUGGAGCUGGUAUACAGCUGCCCUGGACAGAGAAACAGUAUUAAGAAAAGUAGAAAUACUCAUGGAGGAUACUUGGAUCACUGAGUGCUUGCCGUACAUAAUAGUUGUAUGGAAUCUUGGAGGCAAUGUACCAGUUGCUUUGAGAGGGGAUAUUGUUUUCAUGCCCUGUUUUUAGACACAAUCUGAUUUUCCACUGUAAGAAAUGAUAUGAUGUUGAUCUAAAUGGAACUUUUGUCUGAUCCAGCAGAUCACACAAACUACGUUCCAGGGAUGGCACCUAAAGAGAAAAUUGCAUAUAGUCAAAACACAAUUGGGUUCAAAUUAGUCACAUAAUAGUGUGGCUGGUGUGUGGUGUUUAGCCAUUAUCAGAAUAUUGGGAGAUACAAAAUUAACACAGGUGAACAUGAAAACCUACUGCAUAGUGAAUAAAAAGUGGAUCAUUGUAUGAUUUUCAGAGGGGAUCCUCUCAAAACCAUUGAAAGAAAGCUUACAUUGAUAUUCCUGCACUGCAGAGGGUUGGACUAGAUGACUCUCAGGGUCCCUUUCUACGAUUCUGUGAUUCUAUGCUUGAUCCAUAGGCUGUAGAGUAAAAAUUACAGAUCUGGCCCUUGCCAGCACUGCUAUGAUUCAAACAUUGACCCAAAGCACCAAUUCCAAUGGAUCUGGUCUUCCAUGAUUUUUGCAUCAAAUCACAGAGCACAUAUCUGUUUGCAAAAGUAGGUUCAAAGUAUGGUGCAAGUAUUCAUUUACAUCCCCUAAAAUUUGGUUGGAGUUUAAAGUCCCACUGGAAUCCACUCCCAAGAGUUCACUAAUGCUUUUGCACAUAUUAAUAGUCAUGCUUAUAUAGUAUACUUUUGGAAAGGGAACAGUGUAGGGCAGCUCCCUAUCUUAUAGCACAAAGAAUCCCUAGCAUCAUGCUGCUUGGACUUCCAGGCUGAUUUAUGGUGUCUCAGAGGAGUCUAGUGUGCUCUGGAACCUUUAACACACGGAGUUAACCUUUAACACAUCUGAGCUGAAGACCUUCCUAAUUCAGCAUUGCAACUGAGCAUGUUGCACAUAGUGAGAGUCAGUACUUGGACUUGAGGUUCUCAAGUGAUCAUAAAGUUUACUCCUUUACUUGUGAUUUAUUUUCUCAACUUCUCUUUCUGCCUAGGCUCACGGCAAGGACUAUUUUUGCCCAUUUGGAAUUUGAUUUUCCCAUUUGGGAGACUGUGCAGAAGUAAGAUUCAAAGGUGUGGUUGCCCUGGCUUGCCAUCAUGUCAGGUAAGAAUUGGUUUGGGUUUGGGUUUCUUGAGGCACUUUGACCUCAGAGAUACCCAGUGGCUGCCCUGCUCCCCUUGUCUCACUUCCACCAGCUAUGAGGUUGUGGUAGAUGCUGAAACACAGCAGGUUAAUUCUCUCAACUAUUCACUGAAAUUGGAGUUUUUCUUUGCAAUAUAGUGUCAGGUUCCUGGUCCAAAUAAAUGGUCUAAGUACAGUAGUUGGUUAUUCUGUUGAAAAAGGAUUGCAGAAUAUGAAUUGGAGGCACAAACAUGUUAAAAGUGUGGCAUAUUCAUUUUCAAGAUGUUUUUAAGUCUCAUGAGGGGAAAUACCCCCUACUUAGAACUGAUAAUAAUGGGGACCAAAUUAAUUUUAGCAGCUGACUUAAUGUCUUUUGCUACUAUGAUACAGGCAUUAAAAUUUUCCACUUUCCAUGUAAAAGGCCAGUUGAAGCUGGCAGGUAACAUAGAAAUAGCACUCAAGUCUUUUUUUUGUUUUGUUUUGAUGUGUUUAUACAAAAUAUUGAAACUGAAUCCUGACAAUACGGAAGUGCUGUGGCUUAGUUCCUAGAUCCAGCAAAUAGGAAGGCAGCUUGUUUUGGUGUGUAGUCUUUGGGGUACUGAUGGAUUCUACGGUGAUUUGUGACCUAAGGGGGUCUGGGUGAUGUGGAGUGCCUUUUUCCAAUUCAAGUGGGUUUGUUAGCUCCAGCCAUUUUGGGCCAGGAAUUGCCUGGUCACAGUCAACUAUGCUCCUGUUUCUGCUGUCUUUAUGAGGGGCUACCUUUGAAAAUGGUUUGGAGGCUGCAGCUAGUGGAAUAUGUAGCAUCUGAUAUUCUGAUAUUCUUUACCUUUCAUGACCAUGUCCUUAAAUAUCUGUACUCCAUGCCUAUUCAUCAUGGAGCCCAAUUCAGUAUAUUCAUUUUGAUAUGCAAAGCCUGAGAGGCUUAGAACCCAUUUUCUAUUCUGCCUGGGAUUGGGGAGCCCCUCUGGGGGAUACUUUUAUGCAAUGAGGACAGAGGAUCCAUGACCUACCAGAUGUCCUUCUCAGUGAUGGCAUCCCAGUUAAGGAACACUCUCCCCUCUCCUCUCCUGCAAGAUAAACCCUUUUUGCAGUUCAGCCUCCUUUUUCCCACACUCACUUGCUCCCCAGGUACCUUGAGUAGCAUGGGGCAGUGAGGGGAGGGAAUCACAGGGAGGGGACAGGUUUAACUUUCCUCCUUGCUCCCAUUAUCCUGUGUUAUGUACCAGGAAAAAGAGGGCUGUGAGAGAAAAGAGAGUGAAGUCCCUCUGACCACAACCACCAGCAUUUAUCGUCCACUCGCUGCUGACAGAUUACUUCCAAGAGAAUCCAGGUCCCAAUGGAAAAUAAAACUUGCCUACUCCUGCUUUCAUUGCCGUAGCCUUUCCAGGACUAGUUGUUGGCAGGUCAUAAACUUAGGCAAUAUGCAUAUAACUCUUCCUCAGCUGGUCAACUCUUCCUUUACCUGUGAUCCUGGUGAUGAUUAACCCCGUGCCACAAUUAAUUCUUUGACCAGUUAAAGAGUGGGGUGGGCAGGCUUUUUGCUGGUUUGUGGGUCUCAGGUCUGCAUUUGAAUGUGUGCUCUGAUGUGCAGUGCGUUCUGGUGUGGAUGUGUAUAUAUGUGGUCUUUUUGGGCCACAUUCACCGCUGACAUGUGGCCCCAAGAAGGGCUGAGAAGGAGCAGUGCAGUCCUUGUUCUCAAAAGGGCUAGAGGUGGUGUGCCUCCACUGUGCAGCCUGGUUUAAUGGCAUAGGCAAGAGAUGGCAGUGUUAAAUUAUGGAGAAGUUCUGACAGUUAUUUUAUUUUAUUUAUUAAAUUUGUAUACCACCAUUCAUCCAAAGAUCACAGGGUAGCUCACGACAUAAAAAUACAAAAUGAGGAUACAAAAUACAGAAUUAAAAAAUAAAACCAAUAACACCCUCCCACAAAAGCAUUUAAAAGGCCAUAGAAUAUUAAUCAACCAAAGGCCAGGUUAUAGAGAAACAUUUUCACUUGGUGCCUAAAGGUGCUUAAUGAAGGUGCCGGACGAGCCUCUCUGAGGAGAGCAUUCCAUAAAUGGGAAUUAUUAGGCUGAGAUAAGGAAAGUAAGGUGUCAAAAGAAAUAACUAGUUCCAUAAAUGUAGCCAAUUAGGAAACGUAAUAUUUUACACCAAAUAUGUGUAUACAGUACAGAACUGCAUUAUUUUAUACCAAUUGAUUGGUCAUGGCUACCCUCAUGUUUUUUAAUUUUUAUUUUUUUCAAACUAGUUUGCUGAGGGUGGUGAAAAUUUAUUGUUAUAGAGACCUGUUAUCUCUGCAAUGGUAUGCUGGUUUUAUUCUGCGUUAUAUUUUAUUUUCAUGUACUUUUACUUGUAAAACACCCAUGAAACUUUUGUUACUGGGUGGCAUAUAAAUACAAUAUUGAAAAUAAUUUUCUCAUCAGUUUUCUGCUAAUUCACCCCAUGAUAUUUAUUUUUUAGGUGUAUGGCUUAGCAAAGGCAGAUAGUGCACUUAAUAUCCAGAACAUCAUCUACAAGAGAGGGCCAAUUCUAUAUUGGUGGUGUGAUGAAUAUGCCAUUGCAUCAAAUCUCUGUGAUUCCAGCCCGGGAUGUAACUUUUUCCAGAGUCUCUAAGAACAAGGUGAAAGAGAAAGAACAGGUAUUGUGUAAUACUUCUUUAUUUUUCUUUUGUUUAGGAGAUUUGAGGUCUCUACGCUUACCAUUCUUACUGAAUUUUGUAUAUGCUUAUGUCAAUAAUCAUUCUGUGUGAAAAAUGACAACAGUAUUUUUAAAAAGGGAGGUGGGUGAGAGUAAGAUUUGUUUCUCAUUACUUCUUUUUGAGAAACCCAUGCUGGCUCUUAGUAUUCAUGAGUUUUGAAUCUUUAUCUGUGCCUCUGGGGAUGUUAGAGUUUCAUUACUAUUUGUCACAGAUGAGUUUAGCCACAUCUUUGUGGAUAGGUUUUUAAUUCUUAUUCAUAAUUAAGUAAUUUAAUAUAUUUUGUGGUCAUGUGGUGUCAUACUAUGGCUGUAUAUUAUUAGGUAGUAUGUGGACUAUAUCGGUUGUUCACACCCUCAACAACGCCCAUCAAGUUUUUUGGGGGGCUCCCUCACAUAUUUUAUUGGGGGGCUCCUAUUCUUCUGCAUAAGCAUGCAUGGGCCUGGUUCUGUGAGAGCAAUAUCAGUAGUGAACUGAUCAGCAGAAGUGUCUUGAUCCUGCCACAUCAUGAACAUUGGUAGCUGGAGAGGGAAAGUGGAAUGAUGACAGUUGUGUUACCUUAGGCUGCCAAUACUCUGGGUUCUCGUUUACUCCGAUGGGGAGAACAAAUUGGAAUUGGUGUCCACAAUGCACUGAGCACUUGGGUUGUUGAAGGAAGGUAUUUGUGCUGCCAAAGGAGGAAGUACCUCUGAAGUGAACAGCACAGACUUUGCAGUAGGCAUGCCCAAGGACUGGGGCUGAGUUUGGGUCUUGCCAUGUGUACAUGAAUUCCAACAUUAUGACAGAUGCUGCUGUUUCUAUCAGGGGGGCAUUCUCAAACAGACUGGGAUUAUCUGUGUGUUUUGGGACACAUCUUGGAAGAGCAAAGUGCUCUCUCCACCCCCCUUCUCUCAUGGAGCAUGCUGUGUGCCCUCUCUGAGUUCUGGGCUCCUAGAUAGCCAUUUUCCCUGGGGGUUGAUAUUCCUUCCUUGGGUCGUUUGUUGGGUGGGCUGUGUGGUGGCUGGCUCUGGAGGUUUGAAGUACAGUGGUACCUCAGGCUAAGUACUUAAUUCGUUCCGGAGGUUCGUUCUUGACCUGAAACUGUUCUUAACCUGAAGUAUCACUUUAGCUAAUGGGGCCUCCUGCUGCUGCCGCGCCGCCAGAACACGAUUUCUGUUCUCAUCCUGAAGCAAAGUUCUUUACCCCAAGGUACUAUUUCUGGGUCAGUGGAGUCUGUAACCUGAAGUGUAUGUAACCUGAAGCGUAUAUAACCCGAGGUACCACUGUAUCCCGAGAGCUGUCAUUUAUUUUGGGCACAUGUCAGAGACUUGUUGCAGAGGUGGAUUUAGGGGAGUGUGACUGGUUCAGUCGCUCUGGAUGCGGAGAGCGAGAGGUUGGGUGCGUGCCGAAUUUUGGCGUUGCACAGGGCGCUGCUGAAAGGGAUGUUUUGCAGUUCAGGUUGUAUUUGGUUAUGUCUGCCUACAUGAUGAUGAUGAUGAUUUUAUUUAUUUAUUUAUUUAUUUAUUUAUACAUACAUACAUAGAUACAUAGAUACAUACAUACAUACCCCACCUAUCUAGCUGGGUUUCCCCAGCCACUCUGGGCGGCUCCCAACCAAAUAUUAAAAAACAUGAUACAGCAUUAAACAUUAAAGACUUCCUCAAACAUGGCUGCCUUCAGAUGUCUUUUAAAAGUAAGAUAGUUUAGAUAAUUUAGACUUUGGGGAUUGUGGGUGGGAAUGUCCUUGAGCUAAUGAUGCAAAAGAUCAAAAGAUACUCUGUACUGGAACAGCACCCCACUCUUGUGCACAGCACAUUCCAUUUUCACCUGCCCUGAGUGUGCAGUUUGGAAGGCAGUAUGAAUUUGAGACUGGGAGGGCUAUAAGGUUGGAGAGGUUUUGACCUUGGAGUUUUUAGUCCAAGUUUUGGGAGAGCCAUCUCCAAAAUCACGGUACUGCUUCUGAUAUACCUUUCCACCAGUCAGUGGCCAUUAUUGAGCCAUAAGGUUUUUCAGCUCACCUCCCAAAUUAGAUUCUUGCAGAGGGAGCAUGCAAUCAUGUAUUUUAGAGAAGUUUAUAAUAAUAAUUAAAAAAAUCUGAAAAGAGCAAGGAAACCAUUAAAAGUGCUAAAUUGUACUCAGAUGGAGAAGGUGCUGCAUUUCACUAAACUAAAAACAUUUGAGAAAUGAAGAAGGUAGAGAAGGCAGACAAACUGCUUGUUAUUUUACUGAAAAAGAAGCAAAAUGAUCUCGUUCCACCACCUCAAAAAAAUGUAGCCAAUAACUUAGGAAAUAGCAGGGGGAUUUCUUAAUUUUAACAGCAGAUUCUAUGCUCUUUUAUUGGCAGACAAGAUUAGAAAUUUUGUAGCAAAGGUAAGACGUUGCUCAAUACUCAGAAGAAGAGGUUACAAGAACCUGUAGCAGCAGAAAUAUUAAAGUAGACUAUUAAAAAAAUUAAAUAUUAAGAACAUAGGAAGAGCAUGCUGAAUCAGAGCAGUGGCCCAUCUAGUCCAGCAUCCUGUUCUCAGAGUGCCAUUCAGAUGCCUUGGGAAACCUACAAGCAGGACCCAUUGUUCUGCCCGGACGCUGAGGUCCAGCGCCGAGGGCCUUCUGGCGGUUCCUUCAUUGCGAGAAGCAAAGCUACAGGGAACCAGGCAGAGGGCCUUCUUGGUAGUGGCGCCCGCCCUGUGGAACGCCCUCCCAUCAGAUGUCAAAGAGAUAAACAACAACUACCUGACUUUCAGAAGACAUAUGAAGGCAGCCCUGUUCAGGGAAGUUUUUAAUGUGUGACAUCUUAGUGUAUUUUUGGUCUUUGUUGGGAGCUGCCCAGAGUGGCUGGGGAAACCCAGCCAGAUGGGUGAGGUACAAAUAAUAAAUUAUUAUUAUUAUUAUUAUUAUUAUUAUUAUUAUUAUUGUUAUUAUUAUUAUUAUUAUUAUUAUUAACACAAGAGCACCCCCACCCCACCCCCAAUACAGUUUCCAGCAACUGGGAAUCAGAAGCAUGACCAUGGAGGCAGAGCGUAUCCAUUGAUAGCCCUCUUCUCCAUGAAUUUGUGCUGUCCUCUUUUAGAGCCAUCCAAGUUGAUGGCCAUCACUGCUCCUGGGGGGAGGCAGUUCCAUAGUUUAAGUGUGCACUGUAUGAAGAAGGAUUUUCUUACCUAUUCUGAAUAUUCAAACAUUCAGCUUCAUGGGCUGUCCCUGAGUGCUAGUCUUGGGGGGGGGGGGACUUUCCCUUAUCUACUUUCUCUAUGCAUCAUUUUACAGUGGUACCUCGGAUUACAGACUCCGCUUCAGGUUACAGACUCCGCUAACCCAGAAAUAUUACCUCUGGUUAAGAACUUUGCUUCAGGUUGAGAACAGAAAUCAUGCUCCGGCGGUGCGGCGGCAGCAGGAGGCCCCAUUAGCUAAAGUGGAGCUUCAGGUUAAGAACAGUUUCAGGUUGAAUGGACCUCCGGAACGAAUUAAGUACUUAACCCAAGGUACCACUGUAUACAGUUCUGUCAUGUUGCUUCUUACUCUCCUUUUCUCUAAACUUAAGAAGCUCCAGAUGUUGUAACCUUUCCUGAUUGCUCCAUCUCCUUGAUAAUUGUGGUUGCUCUUUUCCGCUCUACAAUAUCCUUUUGGAGGUGAGGCAAACAGAACCGUACAAACUAUUCCAAAUGUGGCUGCACCAUAGCUUUGCAUAAAAUAAUAAUAAUAAUAAUACUUUUAUAUUUAUACCCCGCCCUUCCCGGUUCAAAAACCGGGCUCAGGGCAGCUAACAACAAAUUUAAAACACUUUAAAACACUUAAUUAUAAAAGCAGCAUAAAAUACAGUAUAAAAACAUGAAUAACAAUAAAAUUCAAAAAUCAAUUAGAUAAUCCCCAGAGCUAGCUGGCUGAAUUGGUCCUACUUGGGCCAGCGAGGAGGCCAGGGGAGAAUUAGCUGUGGGGUCUCAGAGUGGGCGAUCUUCAUAAAAGGGGAGGGAAGAGAAGGGAAAUAAAAGACCAGGCUGAAUUCAAAUUAAAGGCCAGGUGAAAUAGCUCUGUCUUACAAGCCCGACAGAAGGAGGUUAAAUCCUGAAGGGCCCUAGUCUCAUGGGACAGAGCAUUCCACCAGGUCGGAGCCAUCACUGAAAAGGCCCUGGGCCGGGUGGAGGAUACUCUGACUUCCUGAGGACCCGGGACCUCUAAACUAUGGUUAUUCAUGGACCUUAAGGUCCUCUGCGGGAGGAUUGUGAUAUUGGCAGUUUUAUUUUCAGUUUCAUUCCUAGUGAUCCCUAGCAUGGAAUUCACCUUUCUCAAAGCUUCUGUGCACUGGGUCAACAUCUUCAUUAUGACCUCAAGAUCUUGUCCCCGGUCAGUCACUGGCAAGAGAAUUGGGGGGGGGUAUUGCCCCAAUGUACAUCAUUUUACACUUGUUGAUGCUGAAUUUUUUUUAUACAGUGGUGCCUCGAUUUACAAACCUAAUCCGUUUCGGAAGUCUGUUCUUAAACCGAAACCAUUUUUAAACUGAGACACGCUUUCCCUAAUGAGGCCUCCCGCCACUGGUGCCCUUCCACCAUUUGGCUUAUGUUCGUAGACGAGGUAAAGUUCGCAAACCAGAACACUACUUCUGGUUUUGUGGAGUUUGUAAACCGAAUCAUUCGUAAACAGGACUGUUCUUAAACCGAGGUACCACUGUACUGCAUUUCACUCAGUUUGGAGAGUUCCCUUUGGAGCUCUUCACAAUCUUGUUUGUUUGUUUUAGCCACCCUAAAAAGAUUAGUAUUAGCAAACCUGGCCACCUCACUGCUCAUCCCUAACUCUAGAUAUGGGCAAGUUAGAAAGCAUGGGGCCUGGUACUAAUUCUUGAGGGACUCCAUGUUUCACAUCCCUCCAUUGGAAAACUGUCCAUUUAUUCAGCUCUCUGCUUUCUGUUGCUUAACCAAUCCCUGAUCCACAAGAGGUCCUCUUACUCCAUGGCUGCAAAGCUUACUCAAGAGAUUUUCACAAGGUACUUCGCUGAAAAUCCAAGUCCAUUAUGUCAACUAGGUCACUACUAACUAUAUGCUUGUUUCCACUCUCAGAGACCUUUAAUAGAUUAGUGAGACAGCACUUGCCCUUGCAGAAGCCAUGCUGGUUCUGCUUCAACAGGGUUUAUUCUUCUAUGGGCCAGACAUUAAACCAACCGGCCUGUGAUUUCCAGGAUCCUCAGGAUUCCUUAAAAAAAAAAAAAUGUUACAUUAGCUGCUUUUCUAUCCUCGGUUAUGAGGUUUGAACUUAGGGACAAGUUACAAUUUUUUGUUAGAAGUUCAGCAUUUUAGUAUGUGAAAUUGCAAAGGGAGAGGGCAGAAUGGAAACAUUGUAGGGUUGUUAUUGUUGUUGUUGUUGUUGUUUUAAAUCCUUUAUUGGGAUAUUUGUUAAAUGCUAUAAGAUUUCCCAGAGACUUGAAGUAUAUCAAACCUUAUAGCUGUAGGUAAACAAGGGGAAACAUCUUACACUUUCAGACCAAUAGCUCUGCUCAGCCAAUAUCUUCAAAUCUGGCUAUUUGGCUAAGAGAUUGAACUAUGUAAUUAGUAAAUGGAUCGCAGAUUUUUAAAUGGGUCUACUGACAAGACUUCUUUAAUUUUGUUUUAACAAUUUGUAUACCACUUAAUCACAGUCAACAUUAAGCAGAGCUUUCAUACAACAGUGCAGUAGUAAAUAUAAUUCAUGUUGUUAAAAAGCUAAAAAGGCAAGAGGACUGUUUUUGGAUGCUGAACAAAAUUGGUCAUCAAAAUAGAACAUUUGCACUGGGUUUUAGAGAAGGUUGCCAUAGGAAGCAAAUGCAUACAAGAAAUUAUAGGCUAUUCUGGCUCCUUUAAUUGUCUUAUUUUGUUAUGUCAAAUCACUCAUUCCAUUCUCAUUGUCAAAACUAGGAAGGGAAAGAGAAGAGGCUCCACCAGUAAUCGGAUGGCUGUUUAUAAAGAUGUAAACUCACCGCUACCUUUUUCCUCUCUCUACACCCAUGUGUACUGCUCUGGAUAAUGUUCUCUCUGAGUGUAACAAUUAUCAUGUAUUGUAGUUAGAAAGAGAAUCCUGUUGUGUGAAACACACUUACAUGAAAACAUACGUGUUAUUUUUCUUGCAGGCUGGUGGGUUAACCUCUGUUUCUGCUCCUCGCAUCUUCUGUCAAACAUCUGUUACACCAACCAGUCAGGAUAUAUGCAGGUAAAGUACUGGUUGUGUUGUUGCAGUAAAACAUUACUUUCAGUUUUGCACAUGAUGGCUAUUCACAAACAUUCUCAUGUUGUCAGAGAUGAGAUGCAUGGAUUACAGUGCAAAGCAAGAAUCUCAGACACCUGACUCCUCCAAUAUGCAGCCAUUUUUCUAGUGUUCUCAAAAUGAAAAUACAGAAAAGCAACAACAGAAGUGCCUUUCUAAGCAAAACACACACAGGAAGGUUAGCAGUCUUGGAGUAUACUAUUAAGGGCUGAAGUUGUUGUUAAGGCGGCACAAUUAGUGUGUUACAUUGCAUGUCAUGCCAAUUUCCUAUAAAUCAGAAAAAAGACUGCCCACUUGUGGAAUAUAAAAGCAUAAUGAAUGGAGUGUUCAGGCCAGAAUUCAAGGUAAAAGCACGGAACAGCUUCUUCCCUUUUUCUCUUUAAAUAGAUUCCCUAUUUAUAUUACAUAUAUUUUUAUUUACAAUAUUUGCCACACAUCAGGCCUCCACGAUGGCUAACAUAAUAUACAUAAAUAAAGCAGUAACAAGAUUUCUUUAAAAGCUUGUGGUGACUUAGGGCAAAACUCUAGGGCAAGAGAUGCCAAUGUGGUGCCCUUCUGAUGUUGUUGGGCUACAGCUCCAUCAGUACCAGUCAGCAUGGACAUGGGGAGGGAUGAUGGGAGUGGUAGUCCAAUAGCUUCUGGUGGACAUCAAGUUGGCUCUCCCUGCUCUGGGGACAGUGAUGGAAAACGCCCGCUCCAAGCUUUAGGUGUUUCUGUUGCUGCUGUUGCAGCUGCUGGUCUUUGAAGGUUACUUGGUGACCCUACGGGACAAUCCUUCUCUGAAGUGUGCUACCUUACAGCUCAGGGCAAGGUAGGAUCAGAUGUUUUUCGUCCCCGGGACUAGUGCAUAUGCUUUGCACUACUGUUACCUGCUGCUGUUGGUUUAUGCUGUUGCUAGUUUUAUUCUGAUUUAGACUUCAUGUUUGUAUUUUACUUCUUUCUUACAGUUUAAUUUUUUACUGUAAACUUCCCCAAGAACCUUGAUAAAUAAAUUAAAUAAAACCAUUAUCCUCAGCUGCUUUCCCUCCAGUGGGGGUUGUUUCUGAUCUUGGAGCUUCACCAGGAGAACAGUUGUUAAGAGUACUUUUGGAGGGUUCGGCAGUCCCUUCCCACACAUGCUGUGCUUUGAAUGGCAUGUUCACAUCGCUUAAAGGAAAUUGGCAUGGCACACAUGGCAUCAUAUUGAUUUGUCUGUUUAAUGCUACUGUUUGCCACUUCUGUUCUGCUUGCUAUUUGUCAUUCCCACACUAGCUGAAAUUGUCAUUUCUUCACGUAAUUGUAUGCAUUCUUUUUAUAAUUGUUUUUACUUUCUGUGCUUUUAUUCCACUGUUCUGCAUGCAGUUCCAGUGCAGUGUGUUCUGAAUGUUGUCAUCACAGUCCAGUGCAAUCUGCUGUUGUCUUGAAAAAUCCUGUCUCCCAGAAUUCUCUGACUCAAGGGGCCACUGUGACAGUAAUCUGUCAGGAUAUGGUGCAGGCUUCCAAGAAAAAGCUCCAUGGGCAUGAUUGUGGCCAUGUUCUCAAGUCUAAGAAUGGAAAAGCUAUCCAGUCUCUGAAAUUCUCCAAGUCUCUCAGUGAUAUGGACCAGAAGGCUCAGAGUGCAUUCAAGAGCUUUCACUACGCAGAACGAACCUGUUCAGAAGGCAAACUCUCACAAGCCCAGGAGCAGUGUUUAAAGCUUAACACAUUUUAUCACAAGGAGAAGAAAACAUUCAACCUCAGGCCCUUUAAUUUCAGUAGCUCCAAACUCUCUUAUUUCCAGACUCUUUCCACCAAUUACUCUAGCGCUUCUGGGGCUAGUGCAGUACACAUUCCUCUCCUGGAGGAGAAGUGUGAAGGUGAAACAUCCCGGAGCAAAAAGUUGCUGCACUACCUUUUCUCUUCUCGUAGCUCCAGCGCCAGCAGUCAUGAAUUGGAUAACAACUCAAGCUGCCUGCAACCAAAGAAAUCAUCCAGUGUGGUGGUAGAGAGCACAGGUUUCUGUUCAGAUGACAUGGGAGAUGACGAUGUCUUUGAGGACAGUUCCUCUGUGAGGCUGAAAAUUACAGAGCUACGAGCACCACUCUGUUCGGUUGAAAAGGAUAGUGACCUAGAUUGCCCUUCCCCCUUGUCAGAAAUGUCCCCCCCGCUUUCCCCUGUGUCUGUAUCUGGGGAUGCCUGCAGGUCGGUUUACAAAGCACCGUCUUUUUCUUCUACCCCCUCCCAACUCUGUUGUAGUCUACUCUGUCCCUCGUGUUUCCACUCUUGCUUGCUUCAGCACAUGCAAUUUUAAGACCCUGCUGCUCUCCCAGCUUACUGAUCUGUCCUUUUAGCAUAACUUCCUCUUGAGUUAGUAAACUCUUUGAAAAACCAAAUCAAUUUGAGUGGCCAAGGUAAAACCCAUAAAUACCCAGGUGAAGCCAUAAAUAGCAAAAGAAAAUGGGCUACUUGUGUGAAAGACGAAGGUGAACUUACAGACUGAAAGAACUUAGAAACGAGGUAGCUGCAGUCGUGCACCCACUUACCUAGGAGUGAGUUCCAUUGAACUUAACUGGAUUGAGUUAGGUAUAUACAAAAUUGCUCCAUAAAUGGAUCUUGGGAUCCUAGCCACAUCGUCAAAGACUUACUAAGGCUUAUCUGAAAUCUCCCCUCAAAAUUCACUUGUUCCCAUGUGGCAUGGUAAUCUAAUCAGGUUGGUUGGGGUGAACAAGUUUAACUUGGAAUGGGGGAAGAGACAUUUAGGCAUGUUUAGUGUGGCACCAGAAGUUCUUUUUAAAAACACCACUUGUGAUGGCAACCAGAGCAGAGCUUCAGCCACCUUUCCAACCCCCAGGAUGGGCUUCUGGAAUAGCGCUCGCGUUGUUUGCUGAAACAAGGUGAACUGGAGGAGUUAUUCCAGUCCUACAGUCAGCACAACGUUUGGUGUAUUCCUUAGAGAAAGGUUGGGCUGCAUGACCAGCUGUCUGAAGCCUAUUUAAGAAAAUAAGUUGGAGACAGGUAAUUGCACUUCUGUUUCCUUUCUCCAAAUAGCCUCAGGGUAUUGAAGGAGAGAGAAAAAGGCUGGCACAAAAAGCGAAUUCCUUCUUGACUGCAUGUGUCACCAUCAAUCUGUCUCUGGAGGCGAUAAAGAAAUAUUGGAGAUCUGGGGAGAAGGGGAAGUGGAUAUGGUCACUUUGUACAAAGUUUCAACAAAUCCAACCCUUCCUCCCUCCCUUCUUUAUUCCUUCAAAGGCAACCAACAAAUAUCACUGAAUCCUCCAGUAUGUAACAAUUUAUAUUUUAGGACAAUCCGUUUUGUUUUCUUUAUUCCAGUACUUCUGUACAGAGAGCCAGUCUACCUAAUAGAAAUGUUGUGGAGGGAGAUCUUCUUGGAUCCCCACUGGUAGAGAGAUCAUUCUGUUUUUUAUACUUCCUAUGACACUAUGACACCAAACAUAAAUAGUAACUUUACUGUUCAUGAAUCUCUCCUGGCCUAUGACCUGUCAUUUGGCAUGGUAUCAUGGCUACAUUGAGGACUCAUCCACACGUCUGUCUGUGCCAUGAUUUUUACUCAUGGGUCCAAUAAGCGCCUUUUUUUUUUUUGGUCCCGCCCUUCUCCCUGGCAAAACCUGCUGUUUCACUCCUGGUAAGCAAAAGUGACCCACAUGCCAAGAAACUGGCAUGGUGGCCUUGCCCCACCCAGCAAACCACUUUGGCUGUGCCAUUGUAGAAUUCAGUAGCACUUUCAAUUAACCGAUUCCCCAAAACUAGAGGACUUCAUUUGCUCUGUCUGAAUAAGCAUGUUGUAGCUGGGCAUACUGUCAAUCUAUUUCCUGAAACAAUUUAAGUAAGAGUCUUGUAAGUGGGUGGAGUUGGGGGACGACAACAUUGCAUUUGUUGAGUGUAGUGCUCACAUAAACAUAGCACAACAUACGUUACACACACUCACGCUUGCUCUGUAGCACGAGUGCUCUAACUGCUAGGUGGCCUGUUUAGGAGUCUGAAAGGAGGAGGAAGGAGUGGAGCUGUGGUGUCAGCGGCAUCAUGCUGCUCAAGGUGGAUGAGGAGUUCUUGCCACUCAUUUUGUCCCAAAAGGUUCUGUCUUCUGCCCAGGCUUUUUCACUCUUCCCUAAGGGAUCAGUUGCUCACGCCCCCUUCUUUGACACACUUGAUCACAGGUUGCCAGCACAUGGUCAGAGAGGCCUUAGUCCCAUAACAUCAGUGAUCAGAUACAGGGGCGAAUCUACUAGGAAAUUAAUGAAGCUUAAUCUUCAAUGCCCUUAAUCCCAGAAGCACUGGGAUUAAAAAUCUUGCUUUAAAAAGUGCAUCCUGCAUGUAUAUAACAUUUCCCUAAUUUCCCCUAAUUUUCAUCCCCCCCCAUCAUAGAAUAGUUGGAAGGGACCACAAGGAUCAUCUAGGCCAACCUCCUGCAAUGCAGGAAUAUUUCAUCACCUGUGGGACUCAAAGCCAUGAUACUGAGAUUAAGAGCCUCAUGCUCUACCAGCUGAGCUGAUACUCAAAAACGAUAAAGCAUAGGAAAAUUUUGUUCACACCAGUGACUUUGACAUGUGAGUACAGCAAUUGUAAUCAAAAUGUGAGAUGUAACUAAAACAAAACUGGUGAUCUGUCAUGGAACAAAGCCACCGAAGAAGUUAGCAGUGGUUACCCAGACUUUGUUGCUGAUUGCAAAGGGACCCCCCAUAUCAGUUCAAGCUUCAGGGCCCCCAAAAUGUAGGUGCACCACUAAUCUUGGUGUGUUAUUUUGGACUGAGGUCACACAUACAGGAGCCUGACUGAGUGCUGUUUCUUACAGUUGAUAGAUGAGGCCUUUCAGACUUGGGCAUCUUCAGCCAGUUUUGUUGUGUUGGAAUACCAAACAUGAUGAACUAACAUUGCCUGUUGCUUCUUUCCUAGUAGUAGAGCGAAUUUUUCUAAGCCAAGCAGCAUUCAUUCCUCGCUCAUUUACAAUUGAUCCAUAUUACAUUGAGGAUAUUAAAGAAUAAUAUACUUUGAGAAGACUAAAGGUACAAUGUUGUAGGAAUAUAAUAGCAGUUUAUAAAGAAAAGAUGGUGUUUAUACUUUAAAAGUUUGAGUGGAAAGCAUUGGAGGCUUUGUGCAAGGGAAAGAACAUACAUGAAAACAUACCCCAUAAACACAUACCUAACUUAUUUAAAGGUGUAUUAUGUCCUGGUAAGUAGUGCAGUAAGUAAGAUAUUAAUGUCCCUGUAGAAAGAUGAAGUAUUAUAAUUAUUUUGCCCACCCUCUCUUUGUUACCAGUUCUUUUCUUGGCUUUAUUUAUCCCACCUCUUGAGCUUUAGAAAAGCUAGAAAGACAAAACUGUGUCUUGUGCUUACGUAGUGUUAUGUGUAUAUAGCAUAUUUGUAUUACUGUAUCUGAACAGAAAUUGUCCUUGCAGUCCUUUGGAGAUCUGUACUGGCUAGCCAUGCAUGAUCUUCAAUGUAUAUAACCCCUUCCAUAUUGCUUCACAUGUAAUGUUAAGUCAAGACAUGGUGUGGCAUGAUUGAGCAAAUGUGCAAAUUCCUGAAGCGAAGAUUGUGACUUCAUCUCUUGUCACUGCACCUCAGUUCCUCAUACUUCCCUCCUGCAAAAGUUCAUUCAGGCACCAGGGAUUCUGCCCUGUAUCUUACAUUUUGAAGACUGAUGCAAAUAAUUCAUUCGGCUUCUGUGCAGUUCCCUUAUGCUCCUUUAGCACACCUAUGGAUUCCUUAUCAUCCAAGGGUCUGAUCACCUCCCUAGACAUUCUCCUGCUAAUGUAUUUAAAGAACUUAAUGUUGUUGGUGCUACGUUUUGUUUUUUGUUUAGCAGUGUUCUCAAAUUCUUCUUUUUUUAGCAUCCCCUGUCAUUGCUGCCAACAUGCACCAUAAACACUGACUCCUCUCCAGGCUAUCUGGGUGGUGAGCAACAUCAGCUACCUUUGCGCCCAGCAGACAAUUUACCCUGUGUCUAUCACACACCCUCCUAUCUAUAAGUUCUUACUCCCACGAUUCCUCCACCCCCUGGAGAAGUAUCUUCAGAAUAGAGGAUAGCCGCUCCCACCCCCCGGAAUGGUCCUUUCUAAGUGAAUGCUUCCCUCUUCCUCGGAGCAGUGCUCUCCUCCCUGACAGUAGGGGAGCUAUCAUCCUCAGAGUGGGACACAGCUAUAACAUCCCUGAAGGCCUCAUCCACCAGUCUCUUUGCCUCUUAGCUUUUCCAGUCUGGCAACAAGUGUUCCCAGAGAGCCUGGGGCUCAUUGCACAGUCAUAGAUGUAACAGACAGUGGAAGACAAUCUGGGCCAAGUUGAAUGUUAAACUAGGCAAAUCAAGGGCUUAGCCCCACGUAGUGCAACAGCAGCAGCGGACCUGGGAAGGAAUGCAGUGCGUGCAAUCUUUCCUGCAGGAGCCCACCUCUUUGCUCACUUGUGCUAAGCCAUGUCUUGACAAAGUAUUACGUGUGAAUUGGGCCUGUGUUUUCUUGGUUUGGUUCACAGAUCUUCCCCCUAACAACUUGCUUUGCUCCUGACAUAGGAUAUGCCAUUGUGAAGGAGAUGAUGAGAGCCCUCUAAUCACUCCCUGUCACUGCACAGGGAGCCUUAAUUUCGUGCAUCAGGCUUGCCUGCAGCAGUGGAUCAAGAGCUCAGACACCCGCUGCUGUGAACUCUGCAAAUAUGAAUUUAUCAUGGAGACCAAAUUGAAACCUUUAAGAAAAGUAGGUGCAAUGAAUGGCUUUGAAUCGUGUAAAUUGUAGAUUUCCUCAUUACCUCAAAGGGCCACUUCACACGCAUUUAAGCAGCACACAUUACAGGUAUCUGAAGUAGUUUUCUUUGUUCAAAUGAAAAUAGCAGAGAGCUGUGAGGUAUCUAUGCCGGGGUCGGGAGGGGUCACAGCCAGAGAGUGUCCAUGCGGCUUUGAAAGAUGAGCUGCUCCCUGUGCAAAGAAAUAUGUUUGAGGUGCUGCUGCGACUGAAUGUACACCCAAACACUGCAUGCGAUUGCAUGUUGGUGAGAGGUGCCAUUGUGUGCGAGGGGAGGGGGGAGAGGUGCUGUCAGAAGGAAGGAGGUAAACCUGAAGGGGUCUGAGAGUAGUUUCAGGGAAGGGUGCAUGAGAAAGGUGCUCCUGUUGUGGGGAUGGAGUGAGAGAGGGGCUGUCACUGCUUGUGCAAAAGGAACUGCUAUUGCACGUGCAGCAGCACUGGUGGGCAUGCCAGAGGUAUGUGCUUGUGUAUAAGCAUGAGAGAGACUCUUUGACCUGUUGCACAGGCUGCAUCCCUGUUGUCUGGGAGAGAGGGGUGUGUCUGUUGCUGUCUUGGCUUGAGGUCUCCCCUCAGGGCAAUAUAGAAAAAAACAGCCAUGGGUUAUAAACAGUGAACCAUUGCACAGACUAUUGAAGUAAUUAAAAACAAGAAUGAUGCAACCCUUGUGGGAUUGAUGUAAAUAUGAUAUCGGCAAUAUCCUCUCAAUACCUUAAAACUCUAUUUAAUAUGGUUGGUAUAAUAGGUUAGAGUCACAGGAAAUAGAUCUUUUGUUGGGUUUUAUUAUUUUAUCAUUUUUUAUUAAAUUUAUAUACCACCUUUCAUCCAAGGAUCGCAGGGCAGUUUACAGUAUGAAAACAAAAAUAUGUAACGUAAUAUCAAACAAAACAAUAACCCCCACUGUAGUAUAAAAGGCCAUAGAUGGUUUAAUUAGCCAGAGGGCUGGGGGAAGAGGAUAGUUUUUGCCUGGCGCGUAAAGAUACGUAACGAAGGCGCCAGGCGAGCCCCCCUGGGGAGAGCAUCCCACAAGUGGGGAGCCACCCUAGAAAAGGCCCAUUCUCAUGUUGCCACCCUCCGGAUCUCUCGCAGAAGGUGCACACAAGGAAGGGCCUUAGAUGAUGACCUCAGUGUCUUUGUCAGUUCAUAUGGGGAGAGAUGGUCCUUGAGAUAUUGCGCUCCUGAGCCAUUUCAUGCCACCAAAUUCUGCACCAGCUGAAGUUUCUAAAGCAUCUUCAGAGGCAGCCCUGCGUAACAUGGUUAAGCACUAGCUGAGGUCCAUUGCCCAGCAGAGGUGCCUUUGUAAUCUCCUAUUUCUUUUCCUUCUCUCCCUCUCUCAAACUGUGGCGGGAGGGAGAAGUGUGGGGAGGAGAUGUCGGGAGUUGAGAGGGUGACAGGAAAUAAAGGUGUCUGAAGGAAUGGGGAAGAGAGGAGAGAAGGCCUUUCCUACCUAUACCAUGCCCCUUCCUAGACAGAAACUAAUAUGUGUCCAUUCUUUAAUGCAAGACACCAGAGAGAGGGCAGCUGCUGUUGGCCAUAUAGGGAAAACUCUGUGGUCACUCCAGUGCAAGAAAAUGUGGCCAUAAAAUGUAUCCGGUGGGAACAGCUUUUUGAACAUUUAACUUGACCUAGUGGAGCAACUUCAUAAUAUUUUCAACAUAGCUGAGGUCGUUAAAUUUAUAUAAGUGAUGGAGAGAAAAAUCUGGACUAAUAUGUUUAUGGUAUCAAAUAAUUCUGAGUUGGCCUGUCAAGGAUGUGGAUAGUAAGUAACGUGCCAUGGCUAGAGGGUGUCCAUAAGCUGCUCAGAUCACCUGCUAAGCAGGGAACAGCACUUUUAAAGUGAAAAAAAAAUAGUUUCUGUCUCCAGUAAAUACAACUUGCCUCUUCUGCCGUGUUCUGGCAUUCCUUUUAUGAUCUCACCACUUGUUCUGCUUUCUGGAUUUCUUCCUAGUGGGAGAAGCUGCAGAUGACAGCCAGUGAGCGAAGGAAGAUCAUGUGCUCUGUGACUUUCCAUGUAAUUGCUAUCACUUGUGUGGUGUGGUCUCUCUAUGUCCUCAUCGACCGAACUGCUGAAGAGAUUAAACAGGGGGAGUCCACUGGUAUGUUACUUUGCUUUUUUCAACAGAAAACGGGCAGACAAAAAAUACUUGCCUGUUUUGCUCAAAGGGAAUGUUAUAGCAACAUAAAAGGCAACGGAACCUUUUUGUUUUUACGCUCUUUGCUAAUCUGAUUAUACCUCUGUUUUAUGUGCCAUCAUACAGAACAUAUCUGGAGGUAAAAAGUAUUGCAGGGGAAAUAAAAAGCUUAUGCUUAUGCUUUUUGCAAAAAAACAAAACAUUUUGGACUAAGACCUGUGGUCAGUAGGUACAGCCAACCACCAUUUCGUGUGGGAGUUCUGUUCCCGCCCCCCGUGCGCAUCGGUGGAGCAUGUAUUAGUGUGCCCUGUUACGCCCUUUUAGUGACGUGUUGAGUGAUGUUGCCAGGUCACUUCUGGGUUUGGCACGAUGCCUGUGUGCAAUCACGUCUUUUGGAUGCGUGUUAAUUAGUCGUUCCCUGUGUGGGGCAAGGAAGCCAUGACAGCUUUGGAGAAGGAAGAUAAGCAGUGCUCUUCUCCAUUUCUGAUCAUGGCAAUGUGCAAGCUGUGAUAAUGAGACAGAAAUUGGGGAACUGGAGCCUUUCUCUUAGCACAUUAUUGCCAUAUUUUACUUGCUUAAUCUUCCAUUAUGUCAGCUCUGUCUGUAUUUCUGUGAGGAACACGGAUGCUUGCCUGCUCUUCUUCAUUGUGCUACUUCUUUGUCCAUUUUCUUUGUCUUUCUUACAUAUAAAAUCCAAAAUCCCAUUCUUGCGUCACAUUCUUAUUGUACGCCUCCAUGUACUCCCUUCCUUCCUUGACUCUCACAGAUUUUUGUCGGCCACUCGGCCUCCUUUUUGUUUAUCUGCUGGUUCCUAUACCUAAAAUGGGGAUAAGCCUCAAAAUCAUUUCUUCUGCAAAGACUUUUUCUAGGCCAGCAUCAGUUCACCUUUUGAAUCCCCUUACUUUGCACUUGCAAGCAUUCACAUUGGUUAUUUUUCAGGGCUGUACGUAUUCUACAAAUGCUGCAAAAAGUAUAGGACUUCAGAUGAAAAAUAGAAAGUCUCAAGUAGUGGGAGCCAGCAUGGUGAGGUGAUGAAUCCCAGUUUGGAAUUCCCACUCAGUGUGAAGGCCAUUCUCAUGGACACAGCACCCCCUCGGCCAACAGGGCUUUGUGGAGGAGUGGAGUCACUGCUCUAUCCGCAGCCUGGCCACACAUGGAGACCAGGGAGGAAAGUGGGCAAGGCAGGCAGGUGCCUGUGCCUCUAAUGGAGCAAUCAGGCAAGGCAGUAGCAGGGCCAACAGACCCUUGGAGAGCUUUCUGCUUCAUGGAGCUUUCACCUGCCUGCAUAUUUGGUGGGUGGAAGGAGGAGCCCCAUGCCAGGUGGGACGCUGCCAUCAUUUUACAGAUGCCAGCUGACCGCAGACCCUUGGAGCUGGGCAGAGGAAUGCCAUCUCCCAAUCCACACACCUCUAAGCCAUCUAAGCCUGGUGCAAAGUUGUUAGGAGAAAAGAUAGUACACAGGUCCUCUCAGCUGCUUAGACAUAGUCUGGUAAAAAUGUCAUAUGAAGAAGAGUUUGGAUUUGAUAUCCCGCUUUAUCACUACCCGAAGGAGUCUCAAAGCGGCUAACAUUCUCCUUUCCCUUCCUCCCCCACAACAAACACUCUGUGAGGUGAGUGGGGCUGAGAGACUUCAGAGAAGUGUGACUAGCCCAAGGUCACCCAGCAGCUGCAUGUGGAGGAGCGGGGAAUCAAACCUGGUUCACGAAUCUACCGCUGGUUCACGAAUCUACCGCUCUUAACUACUACACCACACUGGCUCCAAUAUUAGAGAUGCCUGCCUUCUGUACAUUUUCCCAUAGGAGAGCUGGAAAUGCGAGUGGGGAUUGAACUGGAGUUUGAAUGCAGAGUAUUCUGAAAAUGUGUAAGAAUUCCUAUUUCAGAUGUAAUACCUGACCUUAACGGCAGUUUGUUGAGCUUCUAGUUUGUUGCUGGCUUAUUUUGCUGAGCACUGAUUUCUUCUCUGGAAAAGUAAGAAAGGUAUUUUGAAAUCUCCAGGCUUGCCCCUUACUCCCAGAGGAGCCAAAGGCAGCUUUCACCCCAGACCCCUCUGGAGGGAUGUACUUCUAUACUCCCAGAAAGGUCUUUGUUGGGCUCCUAAAAACCCACUACAUAGUGCUUACAAGACUUUCUGUUGCUGGUUUUCUUUUUUCUCUUUCCUCUGUCCUCUUCCUCACCUCUACCUGUCACUUCUGAAAGGGCCUGCUGACUCCCCCUCUUGCCCCGUUACUGGCCUUUGAACUUUGUGGCUGGUCCGGGCCACCAAAGGAGGGAAAGGGCCAUGGCAUUCCUGCUAUUUGGCUCUGUGAGCAGCUGCUUUGCCCCACUCCCAUCCUGCCAACCCACACACCUCUUGGAAUGGAGCUGUGGAGCCACUAUUCAGUGUAAGUGCACACUGUUAAUGGAUCUGCUUGUGGUUGUUCACACCUAGAUGUGAACCUGUAUCUUACAUGUGUGCUCACCAACGUACAACUUGGGGUAUCUUUAAUUGGGAGGUGAUUUUGUAGUUACAGUAUUGUAUCAUGUUACUACCCAUUUUAAAAUGCCAGUAUUGUUCUGCUUACUGGCCAGAAUUAGAAAAGAACCAACAAAAGUCAAUAUAAAUGAAUAUAGAAUAUAGAAUCUACACUAAUGGCAGACAGUGAGUAUAAUGGCUUUAGGGCUUGAAGACCUAAUAGAUAAAAAAGAUGUUUGAUUGUACAAAUAGACAAGCUACCCAAACUCUUAUUGCCCAGACCAUUAGUUUAAACAGUUCCUGUAACAGAGAUGGCAAUAGAUGGAGGCAGAUUUUGUCUUUUAUGAGUUACUGUGGAAGCCAGAAUGCACCAUGGCAGGAUUGGGGGAAAUGCUUGGCACAUGACUCUGCUUGGGAUAGCACAAGGGUUGAAAGGACAAGAGAUGAUGAGAUUAGGAAGGGAGGAAUAAGAGAGAAGCAAGAUGUUAAUAAUUACCUAUCACGGGAAGGACAAAGAGAAAUGGUUUCCUGAACUUCACCAUCUCCCGUCCGUUGCAACAUAGCAUAAGCAGCUCACCACAGCUGCAUGAAUCAUCAGGGCUUUGUGGCCAUUUGACAAAGUUCAGGCUCAAAGAAAAACGUCUGAUGCUACAAGCAGUUUCUCCUCUACUGCAGGCAUCGUCAGUGUAGUGCCCUCCAGAUGUUGCUGGACUCCAUCUUCCCUGACCACCGGCCAUGCUGGACGGAACUGAUGGGAGUUUGAGUCCAGCAACAGCUGGAGAGCACAACGUUGGCUAUAAAAGCCACUAAGACACAGUUCCAUAGGACCGGGGGCACUUAGGAGUUUGUUCAGUCCCCCCCCCCCCAAAUUCUGAAUCUGAAGUGUUUCAUACAAAUUCCUAAAGAAGCAACACAUCAGGGUGGAUAUUUUAAGAUUAAUUGAUGUCAUCCAUAGAAUCUCAGAUUUGGUGCCAGUUCAGAACCUGGAGCACCCGAGAAUUCAACUGGACAUUUCAUCUUACUUCAUGCAUUUGUCAGAAGAGAGAAUGGGGAAAUUAUAGCUUCAAUCAGUGUGGUGUUGACAUUUUGUCUACACGUGGUCCUUGCAGAGCAUCCUAUUGCCUUACUGACUGCAGAUCAUAAACACAGCCAACAUUUCAGCAUUUCAGUACUAGUGUCCAGCACACUAAAGGAAUCAGUGAUGUGAUGACUGGAUCAGAGGCUCUCUGAAGGGUUCAGCCUUGCAAGACACUGACAGAUUGUAAUUACUCCAGAUGUGGAGGCCCGUAUGUUAGGCCAAGCGGCAAAGGGUGUAUGGAACAGUCAGGAAGUGAGCAAAAGUAUAAACUGACUGAGCAAUCAAGCUGGUGCUGAGAUCCUGUCUAAGCCAUAACAAGGGUCAUCAUGUGCACACAUACAUGUAUACCAUACUUCAGUGAAGGUAUUUGUCGAUGAUGUCCAGUCGUAUUCCCUCCACCAAAAAGCCAGCAAAACCUUCAACUGGACAGAAAGGCAUUUGGCCCUGUGACAGCAGGUACAUCUCAUGGUAGAUUGGCUGAGCGUCUGGACUAGUCCUUCACCCACAGAUUAUGCAGUGCUUCAGAAAACCAGUGAGGCAUCUGUUUUCAGUGAAAGCAAACUGACAGAUACGGAGAUUCAUGUCAAGGGACCAGCAUCCCAAAGAAGAGGACGUAAACAUCCUGGAAGAACAAUGGCCAAUGGGACUUGUGUAUGCUUUUUCAGGGUGUUGAAGUAACUCAAACGAGCAGCAGAGAUCAUUCUGAUUAUGCAUUCGUAGUCAAGGAGCCUAUGGUUCCUAGAUCUGGUAGAAAUUGUUGGAGGAAAACAAAUCCAUUUCCUUCUCUUAAAUUUGUAGUCAGUGCAUGUUUUACUUUAAACCAGCAGAGGCCACUGUAUUCUACAGCAAUCUAGUCAGCACUUGCAUGUCCUCUUUGUUUUGUUUAAGUUUACUCCACCCCUAACAGCUGAGCCAGUUUGUUCUUCUCUCCAGCGAAGAUGCUUGCAGCUUUCUCGCAUUUCCACUCAUCCUGCAUGAAUAAAGCCUUUGAACUUUAAUUCACACAAGCUGCAAGAGAAAUAACAGUCAAGACACAUUGGAAUCUACUGGAAAGGGUGGAUUUGCUUUCUCAAGGACCAGUCCUCUUUCUUCAACUCUAAAUAUGCCUUGACUGCGUAGAGGCUGAAAAUAUCUGACUGCAGUAACUUGGAUAAUCGCACAGUUUUUGAAGCCCUCUUUGCUUUGAGGAAAAAAAAUCGAUGGGAACACCUGGAAGGCCUUUGUAUAGUGGUACACUUUGAAAAACAAAGCUUAAGGCCUUGAGAAGUCUUAAGAGAUUUUAUUUUUUUAAAUUUUUUUUUUAGUGAUAUUUAUUGAAAAAAGAAUUUUUUUAAAAAAAUUACACAAAAGAAAAAACAAGACAGAAGAAGAAGAAAAAAAAAACAAAAACCACCAUUCUCCAAUUCUCCACUUUCAAUACCUUCUUUCCUUGACUUCCUCCUCCUCCCUUUUCCUGUAUCCUGUUUUAUAAUAAUCACAGCAAAUCCUUUCCAUACCCCCUAAAUGGCACAUGCCUCCCUGAUAUUCCAGGGGAUUUCACUCACCUGAGUGUUAAAUCAAACAGCGUCCUCGAUUACCUGCUGGUCUCCAGUGAUCUACUUAAGUGUAUUUCCUCCUUUAAGAUCGAGAAUGUACAAUCUAGUGAUCAUCUUCCCCUUGUAGCCAAGCUUUCCCUGAAUUGGCAGUUGGAGACCUAUAGACAUGCGACCCAGAUGGUAACCAACGUAUCUCUUCAAGUAAGAGGAAUCAAAUGGUCGGAGACCCAGGCUCAAAGGUAUCAGGAAUUCUUUCAAAAAGAAAUCCUCGGGCCCCAUCCCUACAUAGGCUCUGCCUCAGAUGAGCAUAGCAUAGUGUUGAAACGCUUCCACCAUCAUACGACGGACCUUACGUCCUUCUUCAGGUUACCACCCAAAAUAUUAAAUCGAAGCGAGUAUACUUACGGUGCCCCCUGGUAUAACUCUCAGUGCAAACAAGCAAGACAGCGCCUUCGUGCUAUAUAUAAUGUAUAUAAGACCUCCGAUGCAUCUACUCUGCCAGCUAGUUAUGCACAAGCCAAGCAAGUUUAUAAACGCACGCAGAAAAUUGCCAAACGUGAGUGGCAACAUAAUCGCUGGCAGGCCUUGAUUACUGCUUCAAAAUCACAUAGAUCCAGGGAAUUCUGGUCUCUGAUUAACAGAAGGGUGAGGAAAUACCCAAGGGCAGUCAUCCCUGCACCGACAUGGGAAUUGUUCCUGAAGAAAUGUUUCUCACAGGCAGAUGCUCCCUCCGACCAUCUGAUGCAUCUGUUCUCCCACCUACCUAUUUGGCCUCCCACCGAUCCUGACGAAAUAGCCAAGCUAAUAGCCCAGCUGAAAUUGGGCAAAGCCCCAGGGCCCGACCUGAUCCCUGCUGAAGCCAUCAAACUACACCCAAAAUGGUGGGCUGGCAUCUUGGCCAAAACCUUCGACGCAAUCAACGCUUCUGGUAUCAUCCCCAAAAUAUGGAAGGAGGCCAUUAUAGUACCAAUUCAUAAAAAGGUUCUCCAAUGGAGCCGGAAAAUUACCGUAACAUCAGCCUCCUUUCGAUCAUAGGGAAAAUUUAUGCCAGCUUUUUGCUGACGAAACUAUCGCGAUGGGUAGAUGAGACUAACCAGAUUGGCCACGAACAAGCAGGGUUCAGAAUUAAACGCUCUACAACUGAUCAUGCGAUAGUUCUUUACCAUCUGGCACGGAAGUACUCCUCCCCUCCCGGGGCUAUCUGUGUGCUGCCUUCUUAGAUCUUAAGGCAGCCUUCGACAGCGUUCCUAGAAAUAUUCUUUGGGAGAAACUUGCGAAACAGGGCAUCGAUAGAAGGCUCUUAUGGCUUAUAAGUCAGCUCCACGAAGGUACCCUUGCCAGAGUGAGACUUACUCCUGCGGGCGACCUCACAAAUUCGAUACCAAUAAACAAGGGAGUGCGCCAAGGAUGUAUAUUGGCCCCCUGCCUAUUCAAUCUAUUCAUCAGCGACAUGCGAGCACCCCUAGUCAACUCAUCUCCAAGUACACAUGCGCCUAGACUAGCGGAUUACCGCUGUCCACUCCUUUUAUAUGCGGACGACGCGGUAAUUCUAUCUUAUACACGUGUUGGACUAACCAGAGCUCUGAAGAUCUUUGCCACGUAUUGUCAACUCAACCAAUUAACCAUCAAUCAUGCUAAAUCUAAGAUUCUGAUUUUCGCCAGAAGUCGGAGAUUAUACGAAUGGAAGCUUGGUGGAGCAAAAAUAGAGCAAGUCCUAAAAUUUCAAUACCUAGGAGUUAUUUUUCAAUACAAUUUGGGGUGGAAAGCACAUAUUCAACACCUACUUAAUAAGGCCAAAACUCUGUCAUAUGCGCUCCUCCGAUUUUUCUUUUCGGAUGGAGCUUUGCAUGUUCCCUCGGCCCUAAAGGUGUUCAAGGCAAAAGUGGUUCCCGUGCUUGCUUAUGCUGCCCCGCUCUGGGUCGUGAUGACAGACCUUGCUCCUCUUGAGACUUUGCAAAACCAAUUCCUACGUCGGCUCCUAAUGCUCCCCUGUGCGUAAGCAACGCAGCCAUGCGUUUAGAAUUGAGGAUCGCAUCCUUAGAAACCUGCCUGUGGAAGCAAGUCUUCAAUUAUUGGUUAUCAUUGUGGCAUAGAUUACCAGACCAUUACCUUGCCCAAUGCUUAUGGCGAGAUGAAUUCCCCAGCCUUUGGACCAGUAGAAUUCAUGCCAAACUCCUGAGCUAUGGAAUCUCUCCCUUAGAUUCCCUAAAACUAGAUCAAAUCACUGCUCAAAGACUGAUCCGCCAAAGACUGGAUGACAUCGAUUUACAGCAAAAUUAUAUGCUGGGGGGAGGUGUUUGUUCGCCCCAGAACAUUGGUAUCACUUUAACUUAUUGCGUUCCAUCAUACCUCUCCUCCCUUUCGACUGUUGCCCAUAGGCUGGCCUUCACCAAAGCGAGGUUUAAUGUUUUCCCUCCAAUGUCCUGAGACAUAGAUUCUCAAAGGGCCAAACCUCCGCCAUGUGCGAAUGUGAUAAGGAGAUGCCGGAGUCGCUUCAGCACAUUAUGUUCACUUGCCCCUUAUUUAAGGUGCCACGGGCAAACUUGUUGGGAUCAAUCAUACAGAAAUUAGAGGGUACUCCACCAAAAUUCCACCUUGCCCAAAUCUUGCAGGAUAAGGAUGCCCAUACGACCCUGAAAGUGGCUAGGUUCCUGGUCGCUGUCCUUACCCAAAAGCGUCGCCAAGGAGCACCACAAGCUAAUUAAGGCGUAGUAUGCCAUUCCAUCUUAUAGUAGCUUAUUGUUAUAGUAUUGUUUUAGCGGCUGUUUUUUUCCCAUGUGCACAGGCUGUUAUUUAUGUCUUGUUUUUAUCUGUAUGGGCCUACGGCCGUAAUAAAUUAUUAUUAUUAUUAUUAUCCUUUCCAUAAUUCAUAGUAUUCUGUCAUCACAUUACCUUGAUCUAUUUUCAUCUUAUCUUAUAGAAAACCUUAAAGUUUAAAACUUAAAUCUUAAUUUUUACCAACUUCUCCUAAACCAUAACAUUCUUACCUAGUUCUUUAGACAUUUUUAUAAGAGCCAAAUAGUUUCAUUUCAACAUUUUCCUAACAUUCAUCAAUUUUAUAAGACAGUCCUAAUGAUAAAAAUAAAAGAAAAAAGCAAUCCAGUCUUCAUCCAACGUCCCUUCCUCCUGGUCCUGGGUUUUGUCAGUCCUUUUUAUCGUAUUAAUCUAGCACAUUAACCUGGCAAUCUUAUAUCCGAGGCCCUCAAGUCUCUUCCAUGUCCCUUCCGUAACUCUUCUUUAUAUUUCCCUUUUAUUCGUGGGAACUCCAGCUUGGUAGUGUUUAUGACCUUUUUCAGCAAGACGAUCCCUUUUCCAUAGUCCAGGAUAGGCUCGAUGUAGUAUUUACAAGCAUGCUCCAGAUUCCCUUCAAAAUUGAGAGCCCCCACAGCUCCAAACAUCUGACGGCCCCUUUCCAGACUUGAAGAGUCCAAAUCUCCCUGUAAAGGGGGGUCUAUCCAAGUUAAUCUUAAGAGAUUUUAGAGGAUUAGUCUGGUCUAGCUGGAUGGUAGCAUCUCCAAUCAGAGGAGUCAAAAGUGGAAGAUGAUCCUGCCUCUUGUUGGCAUGAGAGGCAUAUGAAAAGCAUUAGGAACACCUUCCUUACUCUCCCAAUAGCAGGAUAUUUAUGGUAAUGAAAAUUCCUGCUGCCACUGCCUCUUUUGUUUGUACUCACCUGAUACCCCACAAGCCUUUGUAGCAGUCCAAGUCUGGUGCAACCUUACCACAUCACCAGUUCAAUUACCAUUGGCUGGCAGCAGAAACACAACAGAAGAUGCAACCACUGCUGCCAAACACACUUCCAAAACUUCCCUCAGUUCUAGUGCACUCCACUCCACAGAGGCCUGCUGCCAUUUCCCAGAAUACUUUCCUCCCAGUUCUCUGGAACAAAAUAAUAUUUUGCUACAAGAUACCUGUCCGCGUCUCCAUAAAGUUUUAAGAAAAUGGUCUAGAAGCCCCAAAAGGUGCCUGGCCUGUGGUGAACGGAUUUGUGAAACUUCUCUGCUGGAAACCCAGAUACCUAGCAUAUGAGGGAAAUCUCUGUACAGUGACUGUACCAGUCACUAGUUCCCAGCCUGCAAGCACAACUUCUUCAUCUUCUUUUGCUCCCUGCCCAGAGAGGUUGAGAUGAUUCUGCAGAAGAAUGUCCUCCUUCAUCUCACAGAUGAUGUGGAAGAUGCAACAGGCCAUGGUCACGUCAGCAGCUAAAUCUUCCUUGAUGUCCGCUAAAUACACUCUUCACAAGCAGGCUGGCCCAACUUGUAGUUCUUUUUUACGGCUAUCCUUGGAGUCGAGUCUGGCAAAAGGAUGAGUUGCUUCUGGUUUGCAAUAAUGAGUUGUUACCAAGAGGCUCAGUUCAGCUGGCCCUCUGACCACCAGCUUGGAUGGCUUUAUAAAAGGAUUAGACAAAUGCAUGGAGGAAAAGGCUAUCAAUGAUUGUUAGUCAUGGUGACAGUGUAAUGCCUUGAAUCUGAACUGCAGCUAAUCUUAACUAUGGUCAUUUGCAACAAACUGAUUACAAACUAUAACUUAUGAGAUUAGCGUGAUUCAAGUAAUCAUGAUUAACAUAAAGUUUGAAAUACAUGUUAAAUGCUAAACUACCAUAUCUGAUUCCUUCAACUUUGCUCAGCAGCAGAUAGUGCAACAAAUGUGGUCUCAUUGCAUGUGCAAAGAGGACGUGGAUCUUGGCACAAUCUGUCUUCAUUAAGAGACUACUUCUUGUUACCUGUAUUUUUCAUGGGUCUUUUUAUUUAUUUUUAAAAUUCUAUUAGUAUUUAAUUACUUUUUAAUUAUUAUCUUUUCUAUUUUUUGUAUUUGUGUACUUGUGUACUUUAUUUUGCAUUUUUGCAUUUUACAAUGUAUUAACAACAAAUAAUAAAUCUAAACAAAUUCAUCCUACAUUUUCUUCAACUUCCCUCCCCCCUCUCUGCAGUUUCUUAUUUUAUAUCAUUUUCUUACUGCAUAACCAAUUCAAACCUAUUUACAAAUUUAUUCUUUAUGUUCCCUUUUAAAUAUUUCUUGCUGCACUUGUUUAUGUCAAUCCUGCUAACAUUUUUAAUUGUUUAAAGUUUGUCUUCAUAUAUUCAGCAUACUUUCCCCAUUCUGUUAAAAAAAAUGUCUCUCAUCCUGAUCUAUAAUUCUUCCGGUAAAUUUUGCCAUCUCUGCGUAUCCCAUCAGUUUUAGUUGCCAAUUGUCUUUCAUUGGAACUGCUUCUUUCCAUCUUUGGGUAUAUACCAUUCGGGCAACUGUAGUAGCAUACAUAAAUAUAUAUAUUUUUUCUAUUCUUUGGGUGCCUCUCUACCAAUGACACCUAAAAGGAAAGCUUCUGGUUUUUUAACAAAAGUUGUUUUCAACAUUUCUUUCCAACUCUUUAUAAAUCAUUUCCCAGAAGACUUUUGCUAUGUUACAUGACCACCACAUUUGAAAAAAGUGCCUUCCUUCUCUUGACACUUCCAGCAGGUAUUUGAUUCCGUCUUAUACAAUUUAACUGGCUUACUAGGGCUGCCCUGGGCCCCUUUGGGAGAAGGGUGGGAUAUAUGUUUUGUUGCUCUUUAGAAAUAGCAGAAGCUGAGUGAAUUUAUGCCAAAUGUACAAUUUUGCUUCAUCAGUUUUAAUGCAAUUUCUCUUACGUGUUUGCACAAUGUUUUUAGAUCUUACAAUACAUCUGUUCCCAUAGUCUAGAGAAUCUUGAAUUUAAACAUUUUGGUGGGUUAUAUCUUUUGUUAACAGAGACUCACUAUGCCAGCACUUUAAACUUCAUCUUUUUUUCUUUCCUUUAGGUAUUCUAGAGUGGCCAUUUUGGACUAAACUAGUAGUGGUAGCUAUUGGUUUCACUGGAGGAAUUUUGUUCAUGUAUGUUCAGUGCAAAGUCUACAUACAGCUUUGGAAAAGACUUAAGGCUUACAACCGUGUUAUAUAUGUUCAGAACUGUCCAGAAACAAGCAAAAAGAACAUAUUUGAAAAACCCGUGCUUAUUGAACCAAAUCUUGAAAAUACAGAUAUGCUUGCGAGUCAUCAUGCAGAAAUGAGCAGUUUACAUUAUACAGAGCCUGAAGACUCCAGGGCAAACAUUCUUCAUAUCUAG